GCAGGGAUUAGUAGAGAGAGCAGCUGCCCUGGGUGCACUCCGCCUCCUCUCACCCUCCAGUGAGUGCCCCUUAUCUGCAAAUAACGCCGGUGAGAUGUGCCUGGCCAGCUCUGAUUUAGAGUCCGGGCCUUAUCUAUACUCCAAUGUUUGAUUUUCAACCAGCUCUAACCUCUCAGGAUCCCCCCUAAUAUCCAGCUUUGUCCACUCAGGAUCCCCCCUUAUACACAGCUUUGAACACUCAGGAUCCCCCCUGUUACCCAGCUAUGUCCACGCAGGACCCCCCCUGUUACCCAGCUUUGUCCACUCAGGAUCCCCCCCUUACACUCAGCUCGGUCCACCCAGGAUCCCCCCGCCCUUAUACUCAGCUCUGUCCACUCAGGAUCCCCCCCAUACUCCGUUCUAUCCACUCAGUAUGCCCCACCCCCCUUAUACUCUGCUCUGUCCACUCAGGGUCAUCCCCAGUCACCCAGCUCUGUCCACUCAGAAUCCCACGUUACUCAGCUCUGUCCAUGCAGAACGCCCAGCUCUGUCCCCAUAUAAGUAACACUCCACUCAAUGGGACUUAGCCUGCAAUAUGCAGCGUUUUUCUGAGUCCCCAGGGACUCCUGCUACUGUCCCAUAUUAGAGCCUCCCCCGUUCAUCCCCUCUUGCCCCUAGCUCGGAUUCCUCAUUAACCCUUCUUAUUCCACACUUAGGGUCCUCGACAAGAUCAGACCUAGACGGAACAUCCCCCGUGUCAACACAGACUCCAGCCCAAUAUGCGUAAGACAUCUCGACCUGUCCACUAACACCUGGACACCUGAACCUGAUCAACUGAUACCCGGACCUGUUCCUCUGAUACCUGGAAUUGAUCCUCCCAUACCUAGACAUGCUACUACCUAGACCUGCUCCACAUUUACACCUGGACCUGAUCAUCUGACACCUUGACCCGCUUUUCCCUGGGCCUACUCCAUUGCUACCUGGAUCGGCUCCUCCUUGGGCCUCUUCCUCUUAUAACUGGAUCUGCUCCUUUCUGGACCUGCUCCCCUCUGGACCUGAUCCUCUGAUACCUGGACCUGCUCCUUUCUAGACCUGAUACCUGGACUUGCUCCUUUCUGGACCUGAUCCACUGGUACCUGGACCUGAUCCUCUUAUACCUGGACCAGCUCCUCUGGAACACCUGGACACAAGCACUUUGACUUUUCCUUUAGGCACCGGAACCUAACCUGCAUUUCUUGGAUAUAACCUGCACCUCUAGAACAUAAGAUCUAUCGUCUACCUGCACAAGAGGGAUUAAGCGGAUCCCUAGACCAGAAGAUGUACCAGAGUUUGGCCCUGACCCCCAGCCAUGGCCAGGCGGCCUACCCCCACGACUCUGGCAAUUUCCUGCACCCCACUUCCAGCUCCCCGGUCUAUGUCCCCAGCAGCCGGGUACCAGCAAUGCUGCAGUCUCUGCCCUACCUCCAGAGCUGUGACGGUGGGCACCAGGGGCACCACUUGGGCAAUCACCCUGGGUGGGCACAGACUGCCAACGAGAGCCACGCUUUCAAUGCCAGCAGUCCCCACACACCCCCAGGGUUCCCCUACUCUCACAAUUCCCCUGGUGGGAACAGCACUGGGAGGGAAGGCACCUAUCAAGGGCCCCUGAUGCUAGGCGGAGGGGCCCGGGAACAGUUUGUCCGAUCAGUAAAUGGGUCCUACCCCAGCCCUUACUCCUAUGUGAGCUCCGAGAUGCCCCCUUCUUGGGCUGCCGGGCACUACGAAAGCACAAUGCUGCACAGUCUGCAAGGCAGACCACCCCUACCGGGGAGAAGAUCCAGCCUGGGUGAGUAACCAUUUACUAACAGGUUGCAAACAGUGAAUCUCCACUCCACAAAGCCCUAACUAUCCUGAGUUUGUAACAUUAUCAUCAGUAGUUAAUAACUGCAUCGCGAAUCCUGACCUCUGAUCGAUAUAUGUAUCUCUAAUUUGCUCUUUAUACAGUGUCACCAUCAGACAGUGACAGUGGGAAUAGUGACAGGUGACUGGAUCUGGGUGACAAACCAUAUGGGCAUCAAUGAUAAAAGCAAUCAGUCAGGCAAUGGAUACAUAAUCAGAGAGAUUAGACAGGUAAGUAGAUACUACCUAUCUACCUACAUGUCUAAUCUCUCUGAUUAUGUACAGCCAAGAGCUGUCUGCAUGGGAGUACUAACGACGCAAAGCAAAUCCAGAUAGUGAUUCCCGACACACAUUGAUAAGCUAUUAGAAUGAACACAUGUAGGGUAAUAACAAUGUAACAACAUUCUAUCGGUUUACAGAGUAACAACAUUCUAUCAGUCUACAAUAUAACAACAUUCUAUCGAUCUAUAAUGUAACAACAUUCUAUCAGUCUACAAUGUAAUAACAUUCUAUCGGUCUAUAAUGUAACAACAUUCUAUCAGUCUACAAUCUAAUAACAUUCUAUCGGUCUAUAAUGUAAUAACAUUCUAUCGGUUUACAAUGUAAUAACAUUCUAUCAGUCUGCAAUAUAACAACAUUCUAUCGGUUUAUAAUGUAAAAACAUUCUAUCGGUUUACAGUGUAACAACAUUCUAUCAGUCUGCAAUAUAACAACAUUCUAUCGGUUUGUAAUGUAAAAACAUUCUAUCGGUUUACAGUGUAACAACAUUCUAUCGGUCUAUAAUGUAAUAACAUUCUAUCAGUUACAAUAUAACAAUAUUCUAUCAGUCUACAUCGGCCUCCGGCUGGAAUACGGUGAGAAAUGUGGCCGUAAAUUCAGCCAAACUACAAACAGAGCUGACAUUUAUCCAGUAUAUUCAGAUUUAUCAUGAAAUAGAAGAUUGCAAUGUAUUCCUGUUACGUUAUCAUAAUGAUAAUAUUAAUAUCACCCUGAGGAUAUUUGUCUCUUUAUUAUUAUUCUGUAUUUAUUACCCGGUGAAUAUUAUUCUGUUUAUUAUUAUUAUUAUUAUAUUAUUACUUGGUUGUUAUUAUUACCCUGUGGUCAUUAAGAUGAAGUUAUUUAUCAUUAUGAUUAUUAUUAUUAUUAUUAUUACUACCACCCGGUUAUUAUUACCUUUUGGAUUUUAAGAUUAAGUUAUUUAUUAUUAUUCCCAUGUAGAUAUGAGUUAAUUUGUUAUUCUUAUUAUUACUCCGUUAUUAUUACCAGGUGGGUAUUAGUCUGUGUUGUUGUUUUUAUUAUUAUUAUUACUCUGUUACAAUUACCAGGUAGAUAUUAGUUUGUUUAAUAUUAUUAUUAUUACUCCGUUAUUAUUACUAGGUGGGUAUUAGUCUGUGUUGUUUUUAUUAUUAUUAUUACUCUGUUACAGUUACCAGGUAGAUAUUAGUUUGUUUAUUAUUAUUACUCCUUUAUUAUUACCAGGUGGGUAUUAGUCUGUGUUGUUUUCUUCUUCUUCUUAUAAUAAUUAUUAUUAUUAUUAUUAUUACUCUGUUACAAUUACCAGGCAGAUAUUAGUUUGUUUAAUAUUAUUAUUAUUACUCCGUUAUCAUUACUAGCUGGGUAUUAGUCUGUGUUGUUUUUAUUAUUAUUAUUAUUAUUACUACUACUACUCUGUUACAAUUACCAGGCAGAUAUUAGUCUGUUCAUUAUUAUUACUCAGUUAUAAGUACUCUGUUUAUUAUUAUAUUAUCCUGUAGUUAGUAGUCUAUUAUUACAUCAUCAUCAUUAUUAUUAUUAUUACUACUACUCAGUUAUUAGUCUGUUUAUUAUUAUAGUAAUAUCCUGUGGAUAGUAAUAUAUUAUUAUUAUUAUUAUUAUUAUUAUUAUUCAGUUAUAAUUACAAUGUUUAGUUUGAUUAAUAUCCUGUGGAUAGUAAUCUAUUAUUAUUAUUAUUAUUAUUAUUAUUAUUACUAUUACUCAGUUAUAAGUACCAUGUGUGUUAUUAAUAUCCUGUGGUUAGUAGUCUAUUAUUAUUGUUACUCAGUUAUAAUUACUAUGUUCAUUAUUAUUAAUAUCAUGUGGAUAGUAAUUUAUUAGUAUUAUUAUUAUUACUAUUACUCAGUUAUAAGUACCCUGUUUGUUAUUAAUAUCCUGUGGAUAGUAGUCUAUAAUUAUUAUUAUUACUGUUACUCAGUUAUAAGUACCCUGUUUGUUAUUAAUAUCCUGUGGAUAGUAAUCUAUUAUUAUUAUUAUUCAUCUAUAAGUACUCUGUUUAUUAUUAUAUUACUAUCCUGUGGAUAGUAGUCUGUUAUUAUUAUUAUUAUUAUUAUUAUUAUUAUUAUUACUCAGUUCUAAGGACUCGGUCUGUUUAUUAUUAUAUUAUUACCCUGUGGAUAUUAAAUUUAAGAUGCUUAGCAUAUUGUUUCGAUAUAAAUGCCCAAUUGAAAUCUAAUUAUUUCUGAUAUUUUUUUAUUAUCCACACUGUCCGGAUAAUGUAAGGUUGUACUCGUGUUUGUCACGUAUGUGAUAAUAACUGGAAGAGAUGAGAGUGGCCCCUGGGAAUAGAUCUAAACAGAAAAUAGACAUAUCACAGUGGGUUACAAUGUUUUCAUCCUAUGCAUGGUGCGUUAUACUGGGUAAUGAUACUUUGGAUUAAUUUGCCGUGGGAGCAGACUCGUUUGGUAGAGUACAUAAUAUUCACUUAAAUUCUCAUUGGAGACAAAUACAUAACUCGCAUUAUUCCUAUUGCUGAUUUACUGAGUGAGGUUCGGUCAGGGGCUGGCUGGGCACAAUGUGAGUGUUUUCAUAGUAGCACAGCUGGCUUUAUGGAGCAUGUGGUUGGUACUGCAGCAUAUUAUAAAUAUAAGCUUGUUCAGGUGAGUGGAUAUAUAGUAAUUAAUAAUAUCAGAACUCGAGAAAUACUGAAGUUGGGAGAGGUGGAGGUGUGUGUAUGAAUAUAUAUAUAUCUUUCAAACAAGCCUUUUCCUGAUAUUAACUAAAAUAUACUUAUUUUAGUUAAUUUAAAUGUACAGAAUAAAAGCUGGUUUUAAUAUUAUUUUUCUGUUUUACAUAAGAGUACAUCAUACUAUAUGGUGACUGGUGGUGAAUGUCACAUGUCCAAGUAAUCUUAAGACAGAAACCAAGCAAUAAUAAGAUAAAUAAAAUAAAUAUGUUAAAGUAUACUCUCCUGUAUAAGAAUACCAGUCAGUUUUAUUUACUUAAAUACUACUAAACCAAGCACAAAAUGCAGAAAAUAACAUAACUUUAUAGACAUAUAUCAUAAUAAUAUAGUUACACAUCAAGUGUCACACUUCAUAAAGAGAAUAGUUAUAUUUGUGUAUUACACACAGUCUUGUAAAUAUAUUGCAGCAAUAAUUUACACAGAGUGUUUGUGUAUAUAUAAUCACAAACACAAUAAAAUAAAUACAUAUUUGUAUGCAAUGCCUGUAUAUAUAUAUAUAUAUAUAUAUACUUGAAACCAAGAGGGCUGCACUCACCUGAACAUGCAUACAUUAUAGGGUGCUGCAUAUAUAUAUAUAUAUAGUUAUCAGGAAAGAGCGCACCCCAGGUCUUGUAAUACAAAUCUUCAAUCUUUAUUUUUCAAAUGCUUAACAGUGUCAACGUUUCAGUCCCAUGCUGGACAGUUUUCAAGAGUGAAGCUCCACAGACAGACAGAUAGAUAGACAGAUAGACAGACAGACUGAGAGAGAGAGAGAGAAAGAGAUAUAUACACAGAUUGAUAGACAGACAGACUGAGAGAGAGAUAGACAGAUAGAUUGAUAGACAGACAGAUAGAGAGCUAGAUAGACAGACAGAUAGUUAUAUAGAUAGAUAGACAAACUGAUAUAUAUAUAUAGAUAGAUAGAUGAGAUGGUAUUAGCUGUAAUAAAUCACAGUAUUGCAGAAUGCAAUGAUACCUUUUUAUUGGACCAAUAUAUUUUAAAGACAAGCUUUGCAUAGAAUCCUCUGCUUUCUCAAGCAAUACCAAGCGUUUAACAGUUAAAACAACUGAUGGACUUACCCCUUCUCCAUAAUAUCAGUUGUUUUAAGGGUUAAAUGUUGUCACAUUGAUCGGUAUUGAGGAAGCAGAGGAUUCUAUGGAAAGAUUUAAAGUAUUAUGUUAGUCCAAUAACAAGGUAUCAUUGCAUUCUGCAUCACUCUGGUUAUACUGGCAUUGUCUACAGAACUAACACAGCUAAUCUACACACACAAAUAUAUAUAUUAGUUACUAAUGAGACACAAUCUAAUAUGACGUGUGUGUGCGUGUGUACUGUAGAAAACACAUUGUUCAGUAUUUGUAUAUUUUAACAUAUAUUAUGAAGCAUUGUAAUACUCGGUGUAUAUAUGUAUAAAUAUGUUUUCACCCACUGUGUAUAUAACAUCCUCUAACAAAAGACACUCCAACCAGUCCACCUAAUGUACAGCGCUGCGGAAUCUGUUGCCAAUUUAUAAAUAAUAAUAACUCUAUUACAGGAUCUGCUCCUUAUUAACAGGCAGGAUUACCGCCCAUGCAUUUUCCCCUGUAAUGACCGUUUGAUAGUCACUGCGCAGUGCAGGGUCUGUAUCUGUGCGAUGGUGAGUUAAUGGUAACUCCCACACAUCUCAGGCAGAUUGGGACAUUUAUGUCCUAGUGCUGCUUUGAUAUUAAAACUAAUUGAUACAUAAGGUUGUGGUAGACUGUGAAAAUGGCAUUAUUUCCCCAUGAUGCACGGUUCACUUUUACCUAUCUAUAUAUAAAUACAUAUGUUCGUUAUUCGUCCGUUUUAUUUUCCAAUGAAUAUCUUUAAUGUAAAGUGUAACUGGCCAGCGCUGGGCCCCAGAUCUCAGCUCAGUUUAUGACAAACAUGUCCCAGAUUAGUUGGCGUUACAUUACUGGGCAUCAGUUUGCAUAUCCUGGCACUGCCCUAACAUUAAAGGAAGCCCUGCCCUAACUGUAAUACGUAAAAAUAGAGAUACAUAAAGCUGGAGAAUAUAUUGGGGAAAAUAAUGUCAUUUUGGGGUUAUGUAGACUCCAUUGUCGGUCCUGUGGUUUAUAAUACAGAUUCUAACUUGUGUACAAUAUACUCAUGUGAUAGAUAUAUAUGUGUAAUGUAUUCUGUGUUACAAUGUAACCUUUUCCCAUUUCUCAAGGACCGCCUGUAUUCACAACAUUCAUAGGAACAUCUGGUAUUGAAAUUAUAUAAUUUUAUUUUUCUGUUAAAUUUAUGGUUCACAAAUGUAUUAUCGAAUAUAUAAUAGAGAUGCAAAAGUGCGCCUUUACUUUGCAACACAUUUUUGCCCGCCACUGUCAGUGUGGUGGGUUUUCCAUGAUAGGGAGGAACUUUCUCAAUGGAGAGGUGUGGGUGCCACGUGCUCAAGGAAGGGUUAACAUAGAAACAUAGAAUGUGACGGCAGAUAAGAACCAUUCGGCCCAUCUAGUCUGCCCAAUGACAGUUAACCUGUCUCUAGUGACUGUCACACUGGAUUGUCAGCCAAAGAGGGGCAGCUGCAUGCUGGAGACCAGAGUUGAGAGGGAGAAAAGGUAAGUAAACACACCUUUUAAACCCUUGUAGCAGGUCCCGGUUUGCCUAAAUGGUGAUUAGGGCACUUUAGCAUUAGGAAUACACAUUUGAUUUCCUUUUUUUUUUUUCAUUAACAGUGUUGUCCCUCUAAAUAAACAAAAAAAAAAAAAAAAAAGUUUUCUUGCAAUUUAAUGCUCUUAAAUGUUCUUCUAAUCCUCUCAAUUCCUGGGAUAUAAAAUCUGCAACCAUGCUCUGCAGAGAGCAUUAAAUCCAACCAAAUUCAAUAAGCUAAAUUGUGUCCCCUCUUCCAUCAUAAUGAUUCACAAUCUUAGACCAGCAAAUGAUACGUGUAUGUCUUUUUUGUUGUUGCAACAAUCGUUUUCAAUGACAGAAAUAUUUCAGUAGCCAAAUAUCUAUUCUUUAAUGAUAACACUCCCAAAUCUGAAUGAAGUAAAGCUCUUGCAGGAGAGGGUAUCAACUUUAUGUUCGAUUUAUCUGAGAUACAUCCAAGUAUUGCAUAUCUCUUUAUAAUACCACCAAACAUGUAGAUAAGACCCCAUGUGCUCACCACCUCUCCAACACAAUGCUGAUAAUGAGAACUUUCACAUUUUUAACAGUACUAGGUACCACUUAUGGAUGACUUUAAAAUGAGUUUCCUGUAAAUUUAAACUAUUUUUUAUUUUCUUUAAGUCAUGCUGUUCCUCCAAUCUUCAAUAUUUAUAGUAAAAUUUAAAUCUUUCUGCCAUCAUGAUAGUACUUUUGGGACAUCCCCUUGACUUAAAUACAUCAUAAUUCAAUGAAUUUAACUAAAGACUCCAACUUGAUUUGAUUAUUGAUAAUGUUUUCUAACUGUGAUCCGAUGUCAGAUUCCUUGGCCCUAAAUAAAUGAGAUCUAAUGUAAUUUCUAAUCCUCAAUAUAGAAAAAUGUCAACUGGUUGAAAGACAAAGAUCUACUGCCAGUAUAUUAAAUGGUUUCGCUCUCCUAUCAACAUAUCAGUGAUUUUAAUUUUAUUUGUAUCUAGCGGACAAAUCAAGUUCAAAUCUUGAAUAUUGUAUUCAAUAUUUUUCUCUGAAGUGUUUUUAAGAAAUUUAUCUUUCAUUGAAAUUUUCUUUUAAAAUAAAGUCCAUACUGUAAUAAUAUUUCUUAAAUCUAUGGACAUUGUUCUCAUUCCAGUUUCAGUAAUCUCAUUGUAGUUAAGCCAUAUUAAGUUCUCUAAAUUCUUCAUUUUAAUAUCUUUGUUUCUAUGAGGAACCAGUUUUCUUGUCUACAGAGUUCAUACUGAAAUUUAUGAGCUUGUACAAUCAUCGUUGCAUUAGCAUAGUUCUCUAACCUGGUCGUACCUUACCCACCUUGCUGAGUACUUCCAGAUAACAUUUUCCUGGAGACGCUUGAUUUUUUUCUCAGUAAAAUUACACAUUUUUAUUCCUAAUGCUAUAGUGUUCCUUUAAUGUAUAAAAAUCAUUCAAACUGCAAUUGCAUGUUACUUUCUAAUAAUAUUAGUCUUUAGUCCUCUAACAUUAUGAAUGUUCUCAAUGGUAAAACUCAUUGGGAAAAAAAAGAAGUGGAAAUCAAAGAAAGGAAUAAACGUAUAACAAAGACUUUUUUUUAAUGCAAAACAAAAAUGGCAAAAAAUAAAGAAAUCACUAUAUUAAAGGUUGGUCACAGUUUUAUAUAAAUAAUAUAGGGUAUACAUACAAACCCAGAGCGAGCAUGAACAGCACCAUGACACUUGUAUAUAUAAGUAACACUUAAAGGGUGACUCCUACUAGAGCCCGCUGUACUGGUUAUGGUGCCCUGUUUGCUAAUAAUGGGGAAAACCAUUUUGCCAAGAGCCGAGCCUCCUGGCAUCCCUGGUGACGGCUUCCAGCUUCUGCAGAGCCAAUCCCUCUGGCUAUUCAUUGUGUGAGAGCGUCAUGUGACCACUCUCAGCCAUGGAAUGCAAUUCUGUGCAUAUAAUUGACUUUAGCCUGCCCAGAGCUCUAGUUCCAGGCUGGUUAAUGAUGCCCCAAUGACACUGCAGGAGGACCUAUUAUUCUUAGCUGAGCACAAUGGAUGGUUAGGUUGUUAAAUUUGUCCAUGUGACAGCUGUCUCUUUUUUCCUCAGGUAUGUCUAGUUGUCUCUCUGCUGCCCACUAGCUGUCUAUCCGUUUACCUAUGUACACUGUGUGCCACAAUAGCCCAAAUGAGAAAAAAAGAAAUCUCCAAAUCAACUGUUUUCAGUUUAGCCGUUAUAAGAGCUGUUAUAAGAGUGUAUGGAAGAGCUAACUCCCAGCUGUCUGAUUGACAGCCACCAGAGUGCAACCUUGGAGAUUUCUACGAGAUUUCUCUGGAUAUCUGCACUUAUAUAAAGUAAGAGGGGAGGCUUGUUAAGAAAUCUAUAAGAAACACUUGUUCAGUAAAACAAAUCAAUUAACCAGUUAAUUUCUGCUCGCCCCCCAUGCCAUUCCACUCGCUCUGUCCCCUCCCCAUUGUCUGUACUCAUUUCAUUCAAUUCCUUUCCCUGUGUUUAUAUGUGUUUAGUGUCAGCCUCCUCCCUGGAUGGAGUGUAGUUUUAUCCUUGGUGUACAUUUACCUUCUUCCAUUAGACUGUGCCAUCACCAGCACCUUGCAUGUCAAACGUCUUUUGUCACUAUUACUUUUCUGGUGUCUUGUUUUCCCAUUGCACAAUGCUACAGAUUAUGUUUGAAGCCUUUAAAGGUUUAGUUUGAGAAAAGCACCGACUAAACGUUUUCUAUGUGCUGGGAGAGACAUUAUUGCAGUGAGAGGGGAUGUAAAUCAUCAUGCUGGGCAAUGAAACGGGAGGUAGCCCAAGGCUUUAACAUAGAUAUUUGGUUCACUAGCCACUUGUAGCUUAUCAUUUAGCUUAUUUAAAUUCUGUCAAAGUGGAUUUGUACAUUUAAGGUUAAUAUCCAAAUAUGUACUCAAACUGCUUUAAAAAAAGAAAACAAAACAAAGAACAUUUUUAUUUAAAACACUGUGAUUUCAGAGAAAAGGCCAUGUCCCAUAGACUGUAAGCUCGUAUUAGCAGGGCCCUCUCCAACCUAUCGUUGCUGUAAGUUUUCUUGUAAUUGUCCUAUUUUUAGUUACAUUCCCCCUCACAUAAUAUUGUAAAGCGCUACAGAAUCUGUUGGCGCUAUAUAAAUGACGAUAAUAAUAAUAAUGUUAGAAUCCCGUCCGAUAUCAUAGGUCUUCCCAUUCAGCAUCUCCACACAGAGAAUGGCCACGCCAAAUGUGUUCAAUGAUGGGAACAGGGAAGCACUGGAUUAAAGGUUCUCUAUGCAAAGUAUUUCAUACUAGCGAUUACGGCUAAUGAGCCAUAUAUCCCAGUGCUUCCACUGGAUUAGACAGAGAUUGACAUAGCUGCUGAUCCAUUGGAGGAGGAGCAGCUGCAUGGUGGAAAUGGUUUCGCUGUUUUUUGUUUGUUUUUUCUGACUCUAUAGUUUUAGUUUUUUUUUAAAUUCUUUAUUUUUGUUGUGCAGGUGGUUACAGGGUAUCAACAGACGCCACAACAGCGUAUUGCAGGAUUUACAAAAGUUAGGCAGUGGCAUGAAAAUUCGCUAAUUUUUCUAUGUAUUUUUAUAUCAAGCUUGACUAAACAGUUAUAUAUUAUCAAAUUAUUUAUUUUGAGUAUAUUUUUUUGCAACCAAUGAAUUUUGUCUAUACAAUAUCAUUAUGAAUUAUUAAAUGAAGCAAUGAACUUUAUCUAAAGCAACUUUUUGAGUGCAGUAUCAUUUUUUGGUAGUAAACAGUUAUAUUGUCAGAGUAAAAGUAAAUAAAAUAAAACUAUUAAUGCUUAACAAUGCUAGAUUAGCUAUGUUAGUGAAGUCAUAAUGUAAUAACAGGCUUUUGUGUGUCAGGGUUGUGGUAUGUGUUGAGCAGGUUUGUUACAGGCCGUGAAAUAUUAUCCUGCUCGGCAGUCCCAUGGUGCAGGUGUAAGCAUGUUAUAUGAAAUUAAGGUAGGUAGCGCCAUUGGGACUGCACAGGGCUAAUCUCUGGCAAAACACAUACAUAUGUAGUUGCAAAAAACAAUAGGGUGAAUAGUGGGGUAGAUAGCUAGUUACAGGCUAAACAUGUUCAGUAAACUUAAUUACAUGCAGGUCUAGGUAAUGCAAGAUGAGAUAAGUAGUUCACAGUUCAAUAAGGACACAUGCUGCGAGGUGAGUAUCUGAGCCGUAGAUUGCUGCCAGCGGUGACAAUGUCCCGUGAGGUGCAAAAUGUAGAGACUGGAGCCCUUUCAGACUAUGCCCACCAGGUGUACAGAACUGUCCAGCAUGGGGUUGACUUGCCCAAGGGCGGCACGCUCGCUUGGUGAGGUAAUGAUGGCUUUGCUUGCGCGGCAGGGCAGGUGCCCCCUUGGGGUCCCCCCCCCCCGGUUGGCUGUGGAUGGGCUCCCUCCCAGUGUCGUCCGCCGGUCAACGACCCUGCUGCAUCAUGGUCAGUGUCGCGGCAGACUUUGUGAGUUCCUCUGUGCGGGGUUGCGCUUUGCGGGUUCUACUCUGGGAUCGCUGAGUGGUAGGCAGGUUGGGUACGCUGGCGGGUUCUACUCUGAAGCAUGGGAGCGUGAGUGCUGUUGUCUGAGGAACAUGGUGCCGUUUCCGCCAUACUGAUCCUCGGCUUCAUUUCUGGAGUCACGAGGGGGAUUCCCCCGCAGUGCUGGCCCAUUCUAUUUCUUUGAAAGACAAGGGCAUAUUGCUAGUUUAGUAAAUUCAUCCAUAAGUAUUGCUUAUAGUGAAUUCCAAAUAGAAGCAGCUUCCCUACAUUUUGUUUCAGCACAAUAUAAAACCCACAGUUUGGAGUAACAGAGACAUAAAACGAUGCCGUUUUGCAGUAUUUUGCAAGUUUAAUGUCUUUUCAAAUAAGCCUUUGGGAGAUGCCAUAAACUUGGAAAAAAGAGCAUUGUCCAAAAGCAGUGUUGAUUCUCCUAGUCCAAUAACAACAAGCUGUUAAAUCCUAGCUAUACUGCAUUAUAUAUUGUGUAGUACACAUACAGGCAAACACACAGAGCCAGAGAAACACUAAUUUACACACUGUCAGUCACAAUAUACACACUGCCAGUCACACUAUACACACUUAUUUACACACUGCCAGUCACACUAUACACACUAAUUUACACACUGUCACUCACACUAUACACACUAUCAGUCACACUAUACACACUUAUUUACACACUGUCAGUCACACUAUACACACUGCCAGUCACACUAUACACACUAAUUUGCACACUGUCAGUCACAAUAUACACACUAAUUUACACACUGUCAGUUACACUAUAUACACUAUCAGUCACACUAUACACACUAAUUUACACACUGUCAGUCACACUAUGCACUAAUUUACACACUGUCAGUCACACUAUACACACUGCCAGUCACACUAUACACACUGCCAGUCACACUAUACACACUAAUUUGCACACUGUCAGUCACAAUAUACACACUAAUUUACACACUGUCAGUUACACUAUAUACACUAUCAGUCACACUAUACACACUAAUUUACACACUGUCAGUCACACUAUGCACUAAUUUACACACUGUCAGUCACACUAUACACACUGCCAGUCACACUAUACACACUGCCAGUCACACUAUACACACUAAUUUGCACACUGUCAGUCACAAUAUACACACUAAUUUACACACUGUCAGUUACACUAUAUACACUAUCAGUCACACUAUACACACUAAUUUACACACUGUCAGUCACACUAUGCACUAAUUUACACACUGUCAGUCACACUAUACACACUGUCAGUCACACUAUACACACUAAUUUGCACACUGUCAGUCACACUAUACACACUAAUUUGCACACUGUCAGUCACACUAUACACACUGUCAGUCACACUAUACACACUAAUUUGCACACUGUCAGUCACACUAUACACACUAAUUUGCACACUGUCAGUCACACUAUACACACUAAUUUACACACUGUCAGUCACACUAUACACACUGUCAGUCACACUAUACACACUAAUUUGCACACUGUCAGUCACACUAUACACACUGUCAGUCACACUAUACACACUAAUUUGCACACUGUCAGUCACACUAUACACACUAAUUUGCACACUGUCAGUCACACUAUACACACUAAUUUACACACUGUCAGUCACACUAUACACACUGUCAGUCACACUAUACACACUAAUUUACACACUGUCAGUCAGUCAGUGUAAGGUGGAUUUCACAUUUUAGACAGUAGCUAAAUUAGAAAACUCUCCGUCCUUCCAUGCUUUUGGUUCAUCUCUUUCGGCCUAAUAUCUGAAAUGUGAAAUCUCACUUUAGAGAAUAACUAUGUAUAACUAUACACUGUAUAUUCCACACAUGAAACGGAGGGUGCACACUCUGAUUCUAGGACUGACUGUAGGAGCUGCCUCCUCCCCCUCCUUUCUCCUAAGGGUCUGUCAUUUGUCAGUUGUGGAGCACAGGGUGAUAGAUUUGUAUUUUAGGAGCUGUCCAAAUUUCUGUGUCCGAGCUGUGAGCCAGCAGCAUUCCAUCAGGACUCCAUCAGACCCCCGCCUGCCUGUCGCCAGCAGUCAGCAUGGAAAGUUUCCAAUCUUCCCCCUCCAACCUUUUCAUCCUACAAAAACACUGGCUAAUCAUUUAUAGUCCAGCUCUGCAAGGAUGUAUGGGAAAACACAACAUGGAAGGGGUUAAUGCCAUGCCUAGAGAGAUGGGGAAGACUCAUUGUGUAAGGAAGUGGUUGACCACUCCACUUAGUGUAGUUAAUAUCCCACUGAGUGUUUACAAAUACUACAUUGAGAGACUCCGUCAAUAUCUAUUAUCAAUUCUUCCCUAUUCCAAAUUCACUAUAGAGUCCCAUUGCACUGAUGGUAAGUUGUAUACAGGGCCGGUGCAAGGAUUUUUGGCUACACAGGCAAAUAUGCAUUUUGCUGUCCCCCUCUCUCUCCCCACUGUCCCCCCCCAAAAAAAAUGUAUCUUCACCUGUGUGCCUCGUAACCCCUCUUUUACAUUUCUUACCCCCUUUAGUGUUACAUAUCCCCUUUUGCAUGAGUUAUCCCUAUGUGUGCUACACCCCCUUUAGUGUAUUCUAUCCCCCCACCCCCGUGUCUCUUACUUGCCCACCAGCCCCUUUAGUGUGUCACUGUGCUUUAGUGUGUGGGAUAGGGACUUUAUUAUUAUUAUAAUAUAUAUGCAAAUUCUGUAGCACUGUACAGUAGGGCUUUAGUGCUGUGUGUGUGGGGGACUAGGGUUUUAGUCAAGGGGAGAUAGGAGUAGUAUUGGGGAAUAGGGGCAGUAUUGUGGGGGGAUAGGGACUUUAGCGAGGGGGGAAUAGGGGCAGUAUUGUGAGGGAUUGGGUCCUUAUUGUGAUGGGGCAGGGGCCGUAUUAUCACAGAUUGAUUCUUUAGUAUGGGGACAGGACAUAUUGUGGUGGAUUGCUUCUUUAGUCUGGGGGGGAAAGGAGCAGUAUUAUAGGUGAUUGGGGCAUUAGUGGUAGGGCUGGGAACAGUAUUAUGGGAAUGGGGCUUUAGUGUGGUGGGAUAUGGACAGUAUUGUGUGGGACAGGGGUAUUAGUGAGGGGAUAAGAACAGUUGUUGGGGAUUGAGUCUAUGGUAGGGGGGGGUAGGAACAGUAUUGUGAGAUCAGGGGCUAUGGUGGAGGGAUUGGAACAGUAUUGUGGGGUUUGGAGCUUUAGUGGGGGGGGGCAGGGGCAGUAUUGUGGGGGACUCGGGCUAUGUUGGGGGGUUAGGAACAGUAUGUGGGGGUAGGUGCAGUAUUGUGGGAGGUAGAGCAGCAUUAUGUGGGACUGGGGCUAUGGUGGGGGGAUUGGAACAGUUUUGAGGGACAGGGGCAAUGGUGGGAGAGGGAAUGGGGGACAGCAUUGUGGGGUACUGGGUGGAUAGAAACAGUAUGGGGGUAGGGCAGCAUUAUGGGGGACUGGGGCUAUUGUGGGAGUAAGGGAACAUGGGCAGUAUUGUAAGGUACACACACACACACAUCCACCAGGAGUAGAUCCACAGCCUCAUGUCCAGUGGGCUGCCGCAGUGCUCCUCUGAGUGAAUGCCGAUCCAGAUCCGCAUAUGACGUCACAUUCCAGCUUCCAGGACCUCUACAGGGCGCACGAGGGGGCUAUACAGGAAAUGCAGAUCUGGAUCAAAGCUCCCUCACCCGCCCUCUCCUCCUGCGUAGGUACUGGUGCUCCGCCACGCUACAGUGCCGCCUUACGGUAGCGCCAGCCCUGGCUGUAUAUCACUUCUACAAAUGAGUCUGCCAAUGUAAAGAGAGCUUCACGUAACACAAUACUGAUACUGUACAUACAGAGACCCAGAUCACCACAAUAACUACACCCAGCAUGUUGCCAAAACUCACAGUGAAAGGGGACCCUGUGUAAAUUCUAUCAUUAAACAUGAUUAACCCUGCUUUGUCUGCCACAGAUGUAAGAUUAGAAUUGACUGGUUUACUUGGGAUCCACUGGUGACCUGCUACAUUUUAACAUCUGACUCCUAUUUGUUAUUACCAUGAUAAUGGAGCCAAUUGCUCUUAAUGUGCUAUGUUAUUCAGAACAGGAGGAAUACACACACAGCUGAUUACAACAAUAUCGGCACCUUGGCCUGAAGAUGUGUAUCCGUCACAUUAUAUAGCGAACAAAAUGGCUGCUUUUUACAACAUCAUAUGUGACCAGCUCCAGCACUCAGAAAUAACCGUUUAGCACAUAAGCAUUUUUUUCCUUGCAUUACAAAGUGAACUUGACAAUAAUACAACUAUGACAUAUAAAAUGUUUUCAGGGAUAACGACUAAAACUAGACAGAGGGAUAUUUCCUGACAAACACGUAUACAAACCUGGCAACAUCAAUAUAAGAUCCACAGCAAAUCUGGGGGGUACAGCCUUUCAUCACAAACCCAGCGCCCCUCAGGAAACAUGCAUUAAAUCAUAGAGAUUUCUUUAGGUACAAAUAUUCACUUUCACUGGAAAGACUGCUAGCAGAAUUUUGUUAUAUUCAAAAUAUGCACUUUCUCACAAAAACAUCAAUUAUAUAUUUAGUCUUUCGACUGAAAUUUUUGCAUUUUCUUGUUGAAAUGCAAUUGAUUUAAAGGGACACUAUAGUCACCUUAACAACUUUAGCCUAAUGAAGCAGUUUUGGUGUAUAGAACAUGCCCCUGCAGCCUCACUGCUCAAUCCUCUGCCAUUUAGGAGUUAAAUCCCUUUGUUUAUGAACCCUAGUCACACCUCCCUGCAUGUGACUUGCACAGCCUUCCAUAAACACUUCCUGUAAAGAGAGCCCUAUUUAGGCUCUCUUUAUUGCAAGUUCUGUUUAAUUAAGAUUUUCUUAUCCCCUGCUAUGUUAAUAGCUUGCUAGACCCUGCAAGAGCCUCCUGUAUGUGAUUAAAGUUCAAUUUAGAGAUUGAGAUACAAUUAUUUAAGGUAAAUUACAUCUGUUUGAAAGUGAAACCAGCUUUUUUUCAUGCAGGCUCUGUCAAUCAUAGCCAGGAGAGGUGUGGCUAGGGCUGCAUAAACAGAAACAAAGUGAUUUAACUCCUAAAUGACAGUGAAUUGAGCAGGGGAAUGAUCUAUACACUAAAACUGCUUUAUUUAGCUAAAGUAAUUUAGGUGACUAUAGUGUUCCUUUACAAAAUCCCUCUUCACAUAUUCUUUCUGUGUGUCAAGCGUGUUUUGUUAGAAUUGUUUGUUUGGCUAUUGUGCAGCGCUACGGAAUAUGUUGGCUCUGUAUACACCAUCAUAUUUGUGGUACCUUACCCCAAUCACCCCACACACACACACACCAGAUUUACAUGUGAAGUAUAGAUUCCCCUGCUUCCUAUAACCAUGCUUGGUACGAGUGGUGGCUCUAGACUUUGUGAGGCCUUAGCUGAGAGAUGGUGGGGGGGGGGAGGUUAGUGGGGGCCGUGAGAAGGUAGGGAGGGCUGAGAGAGGCUGGUGGGGGCUGAGAGAGAGUGGUGGGGGCUGAGAAAGGGUAGGAGGGAUGAGAGAUGGUGGGGGCUGAGCGAGGUUAGGGGUGCUAAGAGAGAGUAGGGGGGCUAAGAGAGGGUAGGUGGGAUGAGAGAGGGUUGUGGGGGCUGAGAGAGGGUGGAUGUGGGGGUGACAGUUUGUGGGGGGGCUAAUAAAUACCUUUUUUUCCUUUAACUAUUCCCUGGUGGUUCAGUGUCUCUGUCCCUGGUGGUCCGGUGGGCAGGUUCUCAUACUUUUGGAGAUUGCAAGACUUACCAUGUGGUCUGCAGCUCCGCCGGGCACAGAGCUGCAGACCACAUGGUAAGUCUUGCGAUCUCCAAAAGUAUGAGAGCGCUGCCAUGAUAACCCGCAGAAACGUUCUGAUACACUGGAGAUUGGGAGACAGUUUAGUCUGCAGCUCUGUGCCCGUUGGAGCUGCAGACUGACUAUAGUGCUAGGCGGCUUUCAAUCAGCGCAGACUGACUGGAGGGGCCUCACACCCGGCAGCAUAAAGGGCAAGCCACCUGGCCCCCUUCUGUGUUGGGUCUUCGGUCAGGGACCGAAGACCCGACAUGUCACUCUGCACUAAGGUGAUUUAGGCGGCCGCGAGGCCCCGAUCAGCGCAAGGCCUUAGGCGGCCGCCUAAAUCACCUACUUAGAGAGCCGCCUCUGCUUGGUACAUCUUCCCACAUAAGAGCUAGCGGAAAAUCCCCACAAAACAUUGUAACUCUUGGGGGGUUCACUGUAUUUAUCACGACAAUUUGUGAAAAUAUCUAGCCUUCCACAUUUUGAAAGAUUUUACCUUCGAUGUGAGUAGAGCUAUUUCCCGAGUCCACCAUCAGGCAGACUUUAACUCACUAAAACUAAAGAGGUAUAGAAAUAAGUAACUGCACAUAAUAUGUCUGGACCCUAUCUUUCCUGUAUGGAUUGAAAAGAGUUAAAAACAAGUUGUGCACUAAUCUCAAAAGUUUUAUUUUCUUACUAUGACCUCAAAAUAAUAAGCUUUCCUAAUGAUUCAAGACUGUUAGAAAACAUCCCACGUGAUUUGUCAACGCAAGUCACCAUUAAAUUCUAUGGGGAGUUUUGUAGUUAAAUCACUUGGAAAGAUUUCUAACAGUACUGAAUCACAGUGGAGGCUCAUGCAGGAGUACCUGGGGCAAAAAUGUACUUGUAGUAGUUUAGAAACACUAAGAUUCUUUUUUUUUUCUGGGAAUGGAGGUGUUAAGCCCAAAAAUAUGGGAAAAUAAGUAUUUCUUUAAUUAUGUAAUAGGUUUUAGUUCAGCCUAAAUUGGUAGCUGUUUGGAGGAGCUUACUUGGAACACCUAGGCAUGUCAAAAAGUGGGGCUGGUUUGAAAUCUGCCCUGUUUCAGCAGGUUUUGCACAUGCCUACAGUCCUUUAAGAAGGAAUUUCCAUUAAGUUACCAUGUGGGCAACAGAGGCAGCUGCCCAUGAGUGGAGGCAUGCUACUGGCUUGUGUAUUCAGGGGCCAUCAUUAGCUGAUAACAUCAGGGGGUAGGGUUACAGUGCCCAAAGGGGAGAGAAGCAAUAAGCCAUCUUGGAAGUAACACACAGAGCAGCAGCAGAUCAGGGCCCCCUGCCAAAUGUAAGUGUAUAACAUUAUCUUUUUCUCUUCCCCAAUACCCCAGUGAUUGCCUGAGUGUGGCUUAAGCAAGGAUUUUACUCAAAUAUAUAUAUAUAUAAAGCCAGGGAAGAACAGGGAGGCCAAGAGAAAGGAGGAAAUAGCAGAAAUUUCUGACAUGGAGCACUGUGCUAAAAACAAAACACAAAGAUACCUGGGGCCGGGCUGACAGCCCUAACCAUCAGACUCCUGUAAUUUAAAUAUUUUCCCCUCAGGCUGUGUCAGUCCGAGGGGAGUAAUGAGGAAGGAGCUGGGGGCUAGUGCGGCCGCAAUUAGGCUGCUGGCCGCCGGAAAGGAGACCUGUCAGUCUCCCUUCAAAAUUGACAUCAAUUUUGGUGGCAUUCCCCGCCCUGCAUGCAAGCCCCACCUCUUGGCGGUAGCUCUGCUUCCCCACGCUAGUGACCUCGCUGGAAACAAGUGGCCACAAAAUGGUAACUUACCUGCCAGUGUCAGGUAAGCUUCAGCCAUGACAGUGAUUGUGUGUGUGUCUGCUAGUGAGUGAGCAUGUGUGUGUGAGUGCCUGCUAGUGAGUGAGCAUGUGUGUGUGUGUGUGCCUGCUAGUGAGUGAGCUUGUGUGUGUGUGCCUGCUAGUGAGUGAAUGUGUGUAUGUGUGUGCCUGCUAGUGAGUGAGUGAGCUUGUGUAUGUGUGUGCCUGCUAGUGAGUGAACUUGUGUGUGUGUGUGUGUGUGUGUGUGUGUACCUGCUAGUGAGUAAACUUGUCUGUGUGUGUGUGUGUCUGCUAGUGAGAGUGAGCUUGUGUGUGUGUCUGCUUAGUGGAGUGAGCUUGUGUGUGCCUGCUAGUCAAUGAGCUUGUGUGUGUGUGUGUGUCUGCUAGUGAGUGUAGGCUUGUGUGUGUGUGUGUGUGUGUGUGUGCCUGCUAAGUGAGUGAGCUUGUGUGUGUGUGCCUGUUAGUGAAUGAGCUUGUGUGUGUGUGUGUGUGUGUGCACGCCUGCUAGUGAGUGAGCUUGUGUGUGUGCACCUGAUAGUGAGUGAGCUUGUGAGUCUGUGCGCCUGCUAGUGUGUGUGCACCUGCUAGUGAGUGAGCGUGUGUGUGCCUGCUAGUGUGUGAGCUUGUGUGUGUGUGUGUGUGCCUGAUAGUGAGUGAGCUUGUGUGUGUGUGCCUGAUAGUGAGUAAGCUUGUGUGUGUGUGUGCCUGAUAGUGAGUGAGCUUGUGUGUGUGUGUGUGUGUGUGGCUGCUAGUGAGUGAGCUUGUAUGUGUGUGUCAGUGAGCUUGUCUGUAGUGAGCAUGUGUGUCAGUGAAUGUGUCUGUAGUGAGCAUUUGUGUGUUAGUGAGCUUGUCUGCAGUGAGCUUGUAUGUGUCAGAGAGCUUGUCUGUAGGAAUCAUAUGUGUAUCAGUGAGCAUAUGUGUGUGAACUUGUAUGUAGUGAGCAUGUUUGUGUGUGUGUGUGUGUGUGACAGUGAGCUUGUCUGUAGUAAGCUUGUGCAUGUCAGUUUGUCUGUACUACGGUUGUGUGUAUACCAAUAAGCUUGUCUGGGUGUGUCAGUGAGAUUGUCUGUCAGUGAGCCUCUUUGUGUGCAUCUGUGAGCUUGUGUUUUUUUGUCAAUGAGCUUAUGUAUGUCAGUGAGAUUGUUUGUCUAUCAGGCUGUGUACCAAUGAGCUUGUGUGUCAGUGAGAUGGUCUGUGUCUUCAUGUGAGUAUGCUUACUGUAUAAUUAAAUGUUUUACUCUGAAAGGACCAAUAUUUUAUAUGAGAAAAAGAAAUAUAAAAUAUUGGUCCUUUCAGAAUAAAACAUUUAAUAUAUAUAAGUGUAAAACAUUUAAUAUAUAUAAUAUGUAAGGCUAUAUAUAUAGCUUUACAUAUUACAUGUGACAAUACAUGGCGCAAUGACCUAUGGUGCUGGCAUAGAUUUUUUUUCCAGGGCUGCUUUGUAUCCCCAGUCCACCCUGAAGAUAUACCUAAACCAUAGAAACACAAAGAAAUAUCUCAAAGAGUAAUAAAGUAAAAACUACUGCAAGAUCCCAAUUUUCAAGGUUACACUCACAGGAUUUCAAGUAAAAUCCGGCACAUCACAUAAAAUGAUAAAUGUAGACAGGAGCACUGCUGCCUGUCACUAAUAGUUUUCAUAACUCCUUCUGCACAUACCCACCAUCUUAGUUAAAGUGCUCAAUCACUAUACAGCCGAUACCCGAGAUAUGCAUGCUUGUGGCUAGUUGAAAAGUUGUGAAGCUUCAAACUGCAGGACUGGGGCUGUGACUCUGAGGACUGAUCUGAUACUGAUUUCAAUCUGUUUCAAUAUGUAAUGAUUACUGAUUCUUUUAACCAUGUCAGCUACUUCUUGGCUCCAUAUUACCACUGCCAGCUGCAACGGUAAUAAAGAGUCUAUCAGUAUCCUACUGCUAUAACCCUGUGCACACUGUGUGCUCAGAGCUAAUUAAAUUGCUGGCAUGUUCCAUAACAGCAGCAAUAUUUAAUAAAAUGCUAAUGUAAUCACAGCAGGACCGCUACUGAAGAAGAGAACAUGAGAGGGAGAGCUAAGAGUCGGCUAGGAAGCUAGAGCAAGAUAGUUGGAGCAUUAUACAGGGUUCUCUCUUUAUUGCAGCUCUGUGUAAUCUAUCACAGUGACCCUGGCUGGGAUGAGUAUCUCCUUAUUGUGCACAGCUCUGUGUGUGAUUUCUCUGUAUUUCAGCUCUACCUGUUGUAUGGGUAUCUUUGUAGUCUGUACACAAGCUCUGUGUAUUGUAUAGAUAUCUCUGUAUUAUGCCCAGCUCUGUUUAUGUUGUGGUUAUCUCUGCAUUGUACUCAGCUCUACAUAAUUUAUAUAUACCUAUAAUGCCCAGCUUGUUCUAUAGUAUGAGCAUCUCCACAGGCGUGCGCAGCCUAUUGCUUUAGGGUGCACACCAUAGAGCACAAACACGCUGUGUGUAUAUGUAUGUAUAUAUAUGAAUAUAUAUAUAUAUACACACACACACAUACAUACACUGCUGUGUGUGUGUGAAGGUGCUGGUAGUGUGCUGUGUGGGUGUUUGUGUGUGUGUGUUUUUCUGUGUGAGGGUGCUGUUUGUGAGGGUGCUGGUAGUGUGCUCUGUGUGUAUGAGGGUGUUUGUGUGUGUGUGUGUGUGUGUGUGUUAGGGUCCUGUUAGUGUGCUGUGUGAGGGUGCUGUGUAUGUGAAGGUGCUGUUUGUGUGAUGUGUGUGUGUGUGAGGGUGCUGUUUGUGUCCUGUGUGUGAGUGUGAUGUUUGUGUGUGAGUGUGCUGUGUGUGUGAGGGUGCUGUUCAUGUGCUGUGUGUGAGGGUGCUGUGUGUUUGUAAGGAUGAUGUGUGUGUGAGGGUGCUGUGUGUGUGUGGGUGCUGUUUGUGUGCUGUGUGUGUGAGGGUGCUGUUUGUGUGCUGUGUGUGUGAGGGUGCUGUAUGUGUGUGUGUGUGUGCUGUAUGCUUGGAUGGAUUGUGGGGGUGGAGGUGGGGGCAGAUUAGUAAAUAUCCCCCCUCCCUUCUUACCUUAUGUAGGGAGGGGGGAUCCUUGCUGCCAUGUGCCAUCCCUGGUGGUCCAGUGGAGAGUGAACUCUAGCCUGCGGGGCUAGAGUUCACUCUCGCGAGAUCUGAGCGUCAACACUCAGAUCUCACAAGAGGAAUCCAGCAGAGCUACUGGCUAGAGCUCCCCGGGUCCUCUCCUGCCUCCCUCCAUGCUGCUGUGGGCCGGUGAGGUAGAUCUUUGAUCUCCCCACCGGCCGAUGGAGACUUAGAGUAGAUAGUGCCGGCUCUGCAUGAGCCGAAAGGGGAGAUCCUGAGAUCUCCCCUGCCGGUCUCAAUCCAUAGGCGUGAUUUCUAGACAACUGGGUCAGAGCAUCUCUAAAACGGCAAGUCUUGUGGGGUGUUACAGGUAUGCAGUGGUUGGUACCUAACAACCACUGCAUACAACCAGUGCAGACAACCAGUGAACCAGCCUUGGGGUCAUGUAUGCCUAAGGUUCAUUGAUACACGUGGGGAAUGAAGGCAGCUUGUCUUGUCCAAUCACACAAAAGAGGUACUGUAGCUCAAAUUGCUGAAAAACAUAAUGCUGGAAAUGAAGUAAAGGUGUCACAACACACAGUGCAUAUCAGUUUCUGCGUAUGGGGCUGUGUCCACCGCCGAAACCACCAUCAAUGGGGACAUGACGUCAGAACUAGACCAUGGAGCAAUGGAAGAAUGUUGACUGUUCUGACAAAUCACAUCUCUUUCAGAUCAGGUGGGUGGUCAGGUGAGUGUGUGUUGUUUACCAGGGGAAGAGAUAGACCAGGAUGCACUAUGGAAGAAGACAGGCCGGCGGAGGCAGUGUUAUGUUCUAGGCAAUAUUGUUGUGCUGGAAACCUUGGGUUUUGGCAUUCAUGUGGAUGUUACUUUGACACCUACCACCUACCUAGAGAUUGCUGCAGUCCACGUACACCCCCUUCAUGGCAAUGGUGUUCCCUCAUGGCAGUGACCUCUUUCAUCAGGAUAAUGCACCCAGCCACACUACAACAAUUGUUCAGGAAUGGUUUGAGAAACAUGGCAAAGAGUUCAAGGUGUUGCCUUGGCCUCAGAAUUUCCCAAAUCUCAAUCUGAUUGAGCAUCUGUGGGAUGUGCUGGAACAACAAAUCUGAUCCAUGGAGGUCCCAACUCGCAAGACUUAAAGGAUCUGCUGCCAAUGUCUUGGUGCCAGAUACCACAGGACACAUUCAGAGGUCUUGUGAAGUCUGUGUCUCAACACAUUAGAGUUAUUUCAGCAGCACAAGGGGGACCUACAUGAUAUUAGGCAGGUGGUUUUAAUCAGUGUAUAUGCAAGGUCCGAGAGUAACGGAACCACAGUACUAAGGCAGUGAGCAUAUUGCGUAUUGCCCUGGACUAUAUUGAUUGAAAAUGAGUUGGAGUGUGAUAUCAGACUGAAGUUAUUUGUAAACGUUUACUUUUAACAAUGAUUGUUUAAUGCAAGUGUGGUUAAGUGCAAGAAUACAUUUUGCUUAUAGCAAUUAUUUAACCAAAAAAUCAUAUUAAUGCUCUGUAAGCAGUGCCCCUAUUCAGAGCUGGCAUUGACUCUCCCUUGGAGGCCAGAUGUGUAUGCUCUACAAUUAACCACCUAAACGGACCUCUUUGUUUUCCCUUGACUGUGUGUAGAGGAAAGAAAAUGACCAACACCUGUAAGUAACUUUUCCUUUCUCUGCAUCGUUACAGAGUUUCUAGAAGAAUUUCACGGAGAGGGAAGAGAAUGUGUCAAUUGUGGCGCUAUGUCCACUCCUCUGUGGAGGCGGGAUGGCACUGGGCACUACCUGUGUAAUGCCUGUGGACUCUACCACAAAAUGAAUGGCAUCAACCGUCCCCUCAUCAAGCCACAGAAACGACUGGUAGGAAAUCAUCAAUUUAUAACUAACUUCAAAAUGCUGUUUUCUGGGUCCCAGGAGCUUAUACAGCAUUAAAAUAAACAGUACUAAUGUAUGAAUUUUUAAAGGGUAUAUAAGUUACCAAUUUCUGGUAGUGUUAACAGCUUCAAUGAGGAAAAUAAAUUUAUAACCGUAUAUUAUGCCAGAUGGUGUGUAUCACAGAGCUCCACAGCAAUAAAGCUCACAGUAAUGUGCAUUCUGUUUGUGUGUAUCACAGAGCUCCAUGACAAUAAAACUCAUAGUAUGCAUUGUAUAAAUUGUAUCAGAGCCCCAAUCAAAACAUGCAGUAAUGUGUAUUGUGCACAAAUGUAUCACAGAGCUCCACAGAUAUAAAACUCACAUUAAUGUGCAAUGUUUGUAACACAGAGCUCCGCGGCAUUAAAAGUCACCUGAGCUCCACAGUGAUAAAACUAACAGUAAGCUGCUAUAUGAGUUCCACAACAAUAAAACAUACAUAUGCCACACUACUGUGAGUUUUAAUGCUGUGGAGCUCUGUGAUACACUCAUAUUCUGCAUAUUACUGUGAGUUGUAUUCCUGUGGAGCUCUGUGAUACAUUCAUAUACUGCAUAUUACUGUGAGUUUUAUUGCCGUGGAGCUCUGUGAUACACUCAUAUACUGCAUAUUACUGUGAGUUUUAUUGCCGUGGAGCUCUGUGAUACACUCAUAUACUGCAUAUUACUGUGAGUUUUAUUGCCGUGGAGCUCUGUGAUACAGUCAUAUACUGCAUAUUACUGUGAGUUUUAUUGCCGUGGAGCUCUGUGAUACAUUCAUAUACUGCAUAUUACUGUGAGUUUUAUUGCCGUGGAGCUCUGUGAUACACUCAUAUACUGCAUAUUACUGUGAGUUUUAUUGCCGUGGAGCUCUGUGAUACACUCAUAUACUGCAUAUUACUGUGAGUUUUAUUGCCGUGGAGCUCUGUGAUACACUCAUAUACUGCAUAUUACUGUGAGUUUUAUUGCCGUGGAGCUCUGUGAUACACUCAUAUACUGCAUAUUACUGUGAGUUUUAUUGCUGUGGAGCUCUGUGAUACACUCAUGUUCUGCAUAUUACUGUGAGUUUUAUUGCCGUGGAGCUCUGUGAUACACUCAUAUACUGCAUAUUACUGUGAGUUUUAUUGCCGUGGAGGUCCUUGAUUCAUCCAUGCACAUAGCACAUGGCAAUUUCAUUGCUGUGCUCUACAACGCUCCAUAGAUAUAAAACUCCUGCUUUAAAUAAAAUGCAAUUUAUUACUUUGAUAAAGUCCUUACAAAGCCACCCAAAAUGUCCUGGAAUAUCUUCACCCCCUUGAGCACAUAUUGAAUCACACCCACUGCUCCUGUCUGAAAUAUCGUGAGCUAUGGCUGAAGAUCAAGUUUGACCCUUCCCCAUGCACAAGGAAUGAAAGUUAUACUCUGGCAGUGAGAUACAAUUGGUGAAUAUUUGAUCCAGUAUUACAGUUUGCAAACACUGUAAAAAUUGUAUUUUCUUAUAUUUUGACGACUGGAUUUUCAUUGCACUUUAUGUAGGAACAGUAGUUGUGAAAAGAAUGUCACUUCCAGUUAUUUCUCACAGAUCAUAUGAUUUAAACAAAUAGAUUUAAUCCUAAAUACCAACACAAAAUCCAUACAAAUUUUUUUUAAGUUAAAGAAUUUCUUCAACCCUUUUUUGGUUUUCUUUGAAUAAUGCCCUAUUGGUCCCCAAGUCCCACCCUCCCUAAAAACUAACGAACAAAACGAGAAAAAAAAAACGCACAGUGAAACACUGCAGUACCAGACUCCUACCACCUUGACUUCUUUUUCUAACAUUCUUUCUAUUGGUAUAACAACAAACAGAUAUUGUGAAACAGGUCGUGUUUAGCCUGGUACAAAGAGCACUAGUACUUAUAGUUCUGUUAUCGUACAUCAGUGUCAAAAGCAGGAUACAAAACAUCGUUUGGUCAGGCUGUGCACAUAAUGUAGUGUAUUAUGUUGCUCAUACUUACUGUGACACCUCAGGACGACGCAGAAUGUAAGAAAAAAAAAUAGCGGGAGGGGUAGUAAGGCAGCAGAGUAUUAGCUGUGGGCCAUCGUAGCUAAUGUCUAAGAGCGGUGUUUGUCAGUGGCAGGUAGCUGUAUAGCUCAUGUCACUGCGUACCCUUAGACUGGCCCGUUUGGGAAUUGGGAAGGGAGACCAGGGGAAAACAACUAUUUACAAAUGAAUGUGGUGUGCAUGAUGAGGAAUAUUGAGGAUAGUGUGGAGCAGUGCAGUUAAAGUGAGGACAGCAGAAUGGUAGAGAUAAGUGAGAUAAGAGAGGUGAUCAGAAUUUCCUCUUGGGGGUCCCCGGGGGGAAUUAGUAAGGGGGCUGGGGUAGGAGAAGCCCUAUGUUUGUGAGUCGUGGACUUGAGGAUUGGGGAGGGGGAGUACUGUGUCAUCAGGAUUUUCGUCAGGUAAAUAGCAGACCGCUGGUGAUCCAGAGGUCUCAGACCGCUGGUGUCAUGAAAUUGGGCUGCCAAUUUGUCAGUUUCCAGGGUCUCCAUGAUCUUCCACGUCACAGUGGCAAUAGUGAGUGUCUGUUGGUCGGCCCAUUUUUCCCUUAGGGCACUACAUGCAGCCAGCGCCAUCUGUGAUGCUAAUUUGUUCUAAUGUCUAGUCAAGGCGUCUGUUGGUUUAGAUCAGACGUUUUGGACUACAUCUCCCUGUAUCUUUGCCAGCAUUAUGGCUGUAAGUGCAGAACAUCUGGAGGGCCGAAGUUUCUCCAUCCCUGGUUUAGAUAAUAGCAGAUCCCAUGGGCUAGAGGGUAUGGUUUGGUUUCCCCAGUACUACCUAUACAAGUCCAGAAACCUUGACUCUUCAGACAACUCCACCAGCAGUGGCCACGACCACUUCUAAUAGCAGAAAUGGUCAUGCUGGUUAGAGCAACCCUUAUAAAGAAAUAUAUCAGUUUACCUUAAAAUUCUUGUAAUAAUAGUACGACGAUGACUAUAAGUACCAUCCAAACAUUAGAUUUUCUGAAUACAAGGUGUCUGCAUUCAGAGACCUUUUUGGAAAGUUGGUCUUUAUCGUCUGAUUGCAAUAUGACACAUGAAAAGUAAUGUAAAAAUUAAAAGAAAGAAGAAACAAAAGAAAAGUAGCUGUAAAAAUGGAGGCAGGUAAUUAUUCCACAAUGGGGAAAUAAGGAGGUAUUUGCAUUUUGUUUGCAUGUUUGAUCACAUUAAUACUCAGCUUAGUGUGUGUCAGACAUGAUUCCAGCCCAGCUAUUAAGGGCACAGGUGGAGUGUAUUUCUGGGCUGUGCCUAUGGGCUUUAGCACAUCCCUUAUGGUAACUGAUCCUCUGCUAUGCUUGCCGUCCAGUGAUUUUUGGUUUUGGCGUAAAUCCCAGUACUCCCAUUCCCACCACUUAGUGCACUCUGUUCCAGAUGGCAAAGCAGUCAGGCUGACUCCUUAAAGGACUUUAUAUGAAUUGAGCAAGGUGCGAGGAUGUGAAAUGUAAAGGAAGGUUCUGUAAGAGGCCGCGUGCUGCCAAUACUGUUCCUUUCUGAAAGGUUUGUGUGUUAAACACUUUGUGCGCCAUAUUUCCAUCAGCUUCCAGAAACACUGGAAAAAUGAAUCCAGAAAUGGUAUUACUGCCGCACAGACACCAUGUAUCACACAGAGAGUAUACAUGGGAUCUCCACCAUUCCUUUGUAACAGGAUAUCAUUGGCUGAAUGGAGUGUGCAGGUUGAUAUCAGACACUCUGAGCUCGAAAAGAGCUGUAAAUGUAGUCACCUCGAAGGCUUAACUGGCAGUGCAAUGAAGCGGUGGGAUCCCUGUAUCUGCAGUACUAGCGUUGUAGGUAUGGCUGCUGACUAUUCAGGGAGCAUGGCAAUGCUGUGAUCAAAAAACAUCAGAGGGAAGGAAUGGGCAUUUACUGCCAUGUCUAAAACCUUGUUACCCCAAGGGAAAUGGACUGGAGGGUGGAUUCCAGGCCACUAGUCACACAAUAUACCAAUAUAUAUACUGGGGCCCCUGGGGUUUGUACAUCUCUACUGCUCCUCACAAGUGUUCUAUCAUAUGGAAUCCUAAAGUGAUAGAACUUUAAUGACAACAUAUAUGGAGUUACAUGUAUGUUUUUUCUCUGGUAUAAUACUAAGCCCUACGGAUUUUGUUUGUGCUAUAUUAAUAUAAUAAUAAUACGUGGCAUUCAGACCGGAUGGUAAACAUGACGGGAUUUUAAAUUUUACUCAAGUCAGUUCUGUAAUCAUUCCCCAUCGGCCUCUGAGCAUUACAGCAGUCUGUAAUCUGUUAUUACGAAAUAUACUUUAUGCUGAAUAAUUCAAGUUAUAGUCUCCUUGGUGACAGACCCAGUUUAAGUAAACCUCAGAGAAUUAAAAUGAUUGUAAAUAAUUUGAGCAGGGAUGCAAAGGGGCAAAGUGUGUGUAUGUGUUGUAUUGCAUAGUUUCUGCCCACAGAAAGACACUAUUUCUCGAAUCAUUAUGUUACACAAUAGCUAGAUUAAUUAAUCACAGAAAUCUUACACCAAUGGAGUGCAUAGUUAGCAGGGACCACACAAAUUAGUAAUUUCAGCCUGCCUUCUGCAAGAUGUCUCCUAAAACCAGGUGAGCACCCUGUGAUGGCCACCUAAGCUUUGCUGCUGUCCAUUUACAUGCCAAAGUCUACUCAUCUCAUCAUGGCUACCACACACAUGACCACCCUACUUGGCCACCACACACAUGGCCACCCCUGAACUUUACUUCAAUGGCUGCAACGACCCCAGAUUUCCAGCCUAGACCAAAACCUAUGGAGUGUUAUCUUCAUGCUUUAACCCCUACCUGGUACUAGAUAUAUAUACCUAAUAGAGAUAGUUUACACAAAGUGCAAUAAUAAGGAAUUAAAUGACACAGAAAUAAUUUUUGUACAUUAUUAUUAUUUAUUUUUUGGAGUGCAGAAUAAUAUACAAGCUUAAAGGAACACUAUAGGGUCAGAAACACAAACUUGUAUUCCUGACCCUAUAAUGUUAAAAACACCAUCUAGCCCCUCUGACCCCCCUUGCCCUCCCUAAAUAUAGUAAAAUCUAACCUUUACUCUAGUCUUCUGCUACUGGCUCUGCCCCUGAUCUGCCUGCUUGGCUGACAUCAUCAGAAGUCUUGCUCAACAUACAGUCUUUCUCUGGAAAUCAUUGGAUUGGCUGAGACUGUCAAGUAGGCAGAUCAGGGGCAGAGCCAGCACAAGCCAAACACAGCCCUGGCCAUCAGUAUCUCCUCAUAGAGUUGCAUUGAAUAAAUACAUCAAAGUUCUGUGUCUCCUUGCAGAGGGUGGAGACACUGAAUGUCAGUCACACUGUGCAGCACUGCCCCAGGAAGCACUUCUAGUAUCUGUCUGAGAUUUGGCCAGUGAAUGUAUCCCUAGGCUGUCAGCCAGUGAUUGUGAAUACACAAAGGCUGAUUUUUCCUAGCUCAGUCCCGGAGCCAUGUUCAGCCAAUGCCUUUUAAAGGUAUAGUACAGUCCUGCUUUAAGGAGGCAUACUGCAGGGCAUUGCACCAAGAUGUAGGCAGGUAGAUUGUGUCUCCUACCGUGUGUGGGGCUCCACACAGCACCUCAGAAUUUGGUUGUGAUCCUGCUUUGGGCCGCUUAGGGAUAUUCCUCUGUGCAGCCUCAUGUCUAAGUGGAGUGUGCCGCUUGUUCUGCUGCCACGAUGGAGCCUUAACUGGCGACUGGCCCGGCAUCCUCUCUGUCCCCCCAGCAGAACCAGGGUGUGACCCUUAAGUAUUAAGGCCAAGCAGGGGGCCAGGUCUAGCCAGCACCAUCUUGUGGCGAUGCACUCGUCACCUUUGACAUCAGGCCCGGAACCGGCGUCUUGCGCUAAUUUUGCCCAGUAAUUUCCAAGGUGAGUAUGCUCUCUGCUGGGGUAGUAGCCUUCUGACACUGGUGGAGCUUCUGCCAAAAUGCACCAAAGAUUCUGUCAAGAUGAGAGAACCUGCUCCACACAGAGAACAGUGGGACUCAUGGCAUUUAGAGAAGGCCAACAAGUAGUGGUGAAACAGCAGGGCCUCCCAGGGCUAAACCGGAAUGACCCCCCACCGGUCCAGGGGGAAAUGAGGCACUAGAAGAAGACACCACAGGAACUCCGAUCACUCCAGAUGAGGAGACUCUCCCACUGUAUAUGUUCACCAGACCGCAGUGCAUAGAGCCGAGUAUGCCGGUAGGCUGCAAGCUGGACAGCAUUAAUCUGAGUCCAGGUAAUCUGCUCUGGUCAGGGAGCAUGUGUGGCACUGUCAACGUCAUGCAGAGAGUGAUAAUGGGUGAUUAUUUAGGUAAAAAUACCCUGCAAUAUUUGACUCUUGGUGUAUUGAGUCAUUUUUGUUCCCCCUUUAAUAAUCCAUAUUUUCUGAUGGCCAUAAAUGAGAGAUAAACCAGAGAAUCUAAAUAGGCUGCAAUAUGUUACUGUUCUUUUUUAUAUAAAUAAACUGCUCAGUUCAAAGUUAGAGACAGCGGGUUCUCGCAGACAAGGUCACAGCGUUGCCACGGAGAUCUGACUGCCCCUUUUACUUUAAAGUAAACUGAAAGGAAAUUAGGAGUAAAAUAUGGUUCUGCUGCUGUCCUUGACAAGCCCCUGAGCCUUGUGAUCGUCCAUCACUGGCGCUCAACAAAAUUUAGGAGUUAGGGAGGAACAUUUACAGAGACAAUAUUUUUGGAAGAAACUAAUGGAGACUCUGCCUGUCUCCAUCUCACAGGCUCCCAAAAAAUAAUUAAUUAACCCGUUAGAGGCUGAGGACGCCCAAUGUAUUCAGCCCUUUUCAGAGUUAUUUCUCUAUUUUCCACCAAUUUGUUUAAACGCACAUUUCUAAGCUUUCUGGACACCAUUCGGCAACGUUCAUUAGCAGACACUUCACACCUACAACAGCUGGUUGUGGCUGAUUACACGGAUAUUAGCCAGUUUGUUUCUAAACUGGAUUAUAUGUUCUACUGAGCCAAGAAAUCAUUACAUCCAGUAUAACAGACUGUUCCCGGACAUUCACUAUGUACAGACCAUGAUAUAGUGGGAUUUGGCUAACCCUUCUAAUGAAGAGGUUAAUAAUGCUCAAUCAUUUCCUGUUCUUGGAGAGAAAAAGAAAUCCCUGCAACCAGGCUACAGUCUCUACCCCAGGAUCCCCUGCAGCCGGGCUCCAGCCUCUACCCCAGAAUCCCCUGCAGCCUGGCUCCAGCCUCUAUCCCAGAAUCCCCUGCAACCAGGUUACAGCCUCUACCCCAGAAUCCCCUGCAGCCUGGCUCCAGCCUCUACCGCAGAAUCCCCUGCAGCCUGGCUCCAGUCUCUAUCCCAGAAUCCCCUGCAGCCAGGCUCCAGUCUCUAUCCCAGAAUCCCCAGCAACCAGGUUACAGUCUCUAUCCCAGAAUCCCCAGCAACCAGGUUACAGUCUCUACCCCAGAAUCCCCUGCAGCCAGACUCCAGUCUCUACCCCAGAAUCCUCUGCAGCCAGGCUCCAGCCUCAGCCCCAGAAUCUGCAGCCGGGCUCCAGUCUCUAUCCCAGAAUCCCCUGCAGCCGGGCUCCAGUCUCUAUCCCAGAAUCCCCUGCAACCAGGUUACAGCCUAUGCCCCAGAAUCCCCAGCAACCAGGUUACAGUCUCUAUCCCAGAAUCUCCAGCAACCAGGUUACAGUCUCUACCCCAGAAUCCCCUGCAGUCAGACUCCAGUCUCUACCCCAGAAUCCCCUGCAGCCAGGCUCCAGCCUCAACCCCAGAAUCCCCUGCAGCCGGGCUCCAGUCUCUAUCCCAGAAUCCCCUGCAGCCGGGCUCCAGUCUCUAUCCCAGAAUCCCCUGCAACCAGGUUACAGCCUAUACCCCAGAAUCCCCUGCAGCCUGGCUCCAGCCUCUACCCCAGAAUCCCCUGCAGCCUGGCUCCAGCCUCUACCCCAGAAUCCCCUGCAGCCUGGCUCCAGUCUCUAUCCCAGAAUCCCUGCAGCCUGGCUCCAGAUUCUACCCCAGAAUCCCCUGCACUGGCUACAGUCUCUACCCCAGAAUCCCCUGCAGCCUGGCUCCAGCCUCUACCCCAGAAUCCCCUGCAGCCGGGCUCCAGUCUCUAUCCCAGAAUCCCCUGCAGCCGGGCUCCAGUCUCUAUCCCAGAAUCCCCUGCAACCAGGUUACAGCCUCUACCCCAGAAUCCCCUGCAGCCUGGCUCCAGCCUCUACCCCAGAAUCCCCUGCAGCCUGGCUCCAGCCUCUACCCCAGAAUCCCCUGCAGCCUGGCUCCAGUCUCUAUCCCAGAAUCCCCUGCAGCCAGGCUCCAGUCUCUAUCCCAGAAUCCCCUGCAACCAGGUUACAGUCUUUAUCCCAGAAUCCCCUGCAGCCAGGCUCCAGUCUCUAUCCCAGAAUCCCCUUGCAUCCAGGCUCCAGUCCAGUCUCUACCCCAGAAUCCUCUGCAGCCAGGCUCUGGUCUCUAUCCCAGAAUCAUCUGCAGCCAGGCUCCAGUCUCUAUCCCAGAAUCUCCUGCAGACAGGCUCCAGUCCUUAUCCGGAAAUCCUCUACAGCCCGGCUCCAGUCCUUAUCCUGGAAUCUCCUGUAGCCAGGCUCCAGUCCUUAUCCCAGAAUCUCCUGCAGCCUGGCUCCAGCCUCUAUCCCAGAAUCUCCUGCAGCCGGGUUCCAGUCUCUAUCCCAGAAUCCCCUGCAGCCAGGCUCCAGUCUCUAUCCCAGAAUCCCCAACAACCAGGUUACAGUCUCUACCCCAGAAUCCCCUGCAGCCAGGCUCCAGUCUCUAUCCCAGAAUCCCUUGCAUCCAGGCUCCAGUCUCUACCCCAGAAUCCCCUGCAGCCAGGCUCCAGUCUCUAUCCCAGAAUCAUCAGCAGCCAGACUCCAGUCUCUAUCCCAGAAUCUUCUGCAGACAGGCUCCAGUCCUUAUCCGGAAAUCCUCUACAGCCCGGCUCCAGUCCUUAUCCUGGAAUCUUCUGUAGCCAGGCUCCAGUCCCUAUUCUUGAAUAAUCUGUAGCCCAGCUCCAGUUCUUAUCCCAGUAUCCUCUGCAGCCAGGCUCCAAUCCCCAUCCCAGAAUUGCCUGCUUAUUCUAUUCUCAUAGGAAUUAGUGGCAUGGGUGAAUUCACACACAUGAUGUGCUGCCAAGGGAAAAAGCAAGAAAUUAGAUGCCAUAUAGACAUUUUCAGCCAUGCUAAUAUUACCACAGAAAGCUAUUAGAGGACAGGGAUUGGCUGAGGGGUCUUUGCCAUUUCCUGCUUUGAUUAGGAAUCUGAGGAGAGUCAGAAUCUUGGAAAAUCGUAAAGAAAAGGAAAGACAUGUUUCCUAGAGGGAUACAUUUCCAACAAUAGGGCCUAACACUGAAAAAUACCAAAAAGACAGUCCCCAACUACAUGUGUAGUUGGGGACUGUCUUUUUGAGAAUCUUGGAAAACCCUUUUAAAAGGGGGGACAUUCUGGAGUGAUUAUCGUUUUUUUUUAUUAAUGUGCAGUAAGUCCAACAAAGAGUGCCUUUAUAUUAAUAAGUUAGAAUAUUGUGCUUUUGUUUAUGUAUUUAUGUAUUUUUCAUUCCGUAUGACUGAUAUUCUGAGGUAUGAUAAGAAACCUCCUCUGUAUGCCAUUAUCCUGUGUAUUCCCUUGCUAGUGUAAUAAUAAUUAGCUAACACGUCAGACUUUGUAGACUCUGGAGAACCUCUGUCUGACACAGAGGUUCUUGGGGCUCACCGAGGGGGCCUGCACAUACCAUUCAACUCACUCAGAACUUGCGGGAAAUUGUUUAAAUUCUCUGCUCCACUGAAAACCGAAGAACGUGGUUCUUAGAGCCACAGUUUCUGGGAGUUAUCACUUGCAUGGAUUGAUUUGCGAAUAUUGGUUGUGCAUGUAGAAUGCUUGAAAAGAGAAUUUUACAAAAUGUGUUACAAAAAAUUGCAAUACGAAAUUAUUUUACAGCUGAAAAGUAAAAUUCUUAACAUUUGUUGACUUAAGAGGUUUUCUAAGAAUUCACAGUAUGGAAAUGGUUGAAGGAGAGAGUAAUUGUAGAUUAUGCUAGCUUUAGUGUACUGAUAAUCUUAAUUUUAUUAAUGACAGGAGGCGAAUAUUUUCUUAAGUCUCUCUUUACUAGAACUCCACAGCAGAAAAAAAACACAGAGAGUAAAUAACCAAUCAAAAACCAGUAAGGAGACCAUAUAACUCCAUUCUCAACAUUCCAUUUCCUCUUUCUUUUUUUUUUCUUUUUUUUAAAUUCUUUAUUUUUGUAGUGCUUCGAGUAACAAACAUGACUAUAUCGCCACGACAGCAGAUACAAGUCGCUGAGAUAUCACAAAAUAAACAAUAUCAUGGCAUUAAAUGACAGCACAUUUUUAGAUUAAUCUAGGAAUAGUAAAUGAACAGUGCAUGCGUGAUACAGAAACAGUUAACAGUAUAGAUUGGUUAUAUGCACUCUAUAGGAGUCAAGUAUUGUUAUCUGCACGUGUGGCUAAGAUCUAUGUGUAACCAAAGUAGGACCUAGUGGAAGUUUGUAUGCUUGAGUGUGAGUGACUAGUUAGGAGCCACCUUUGGUGUUAGCAUCUCCUAGAGCUUAUUCUACUAGCAUUCUAUUGGUGGCAGCAGGGUUAAGAUGCCGUUCGAGGGGCAGAUGUAUGUUGCAGAGUAUGAAGGUUAGGAUGAUCUACUUAGUUUAAAAAUAGCUAUGCCCGUCACCCAGAGAUUCGUUAUGCUAUAUACAUUCCACAUAGGGGGUUGUUUUGAGUUAUGUGUAACGCAUUAAGUGUGUCGGGUACUACCAUGAGUAUUCCGCUAGCUGGGGAGGCUGCUUUCGUCCUUCAUAAGUAGUGGGGACAUCUAGCGGUUAGUAGCGAGACUAGAGCUACAAAUUACAUGACUAGUGUUUUUAGUGAGUAGGUCUGGGUGUAGGUUGCUAUGGAUAAAUUUUACACCUCACUUCGAGAUAGAGUGGGUCUUAGUCUAACGGCCAUUGAGGGGAGGCGGGGGUGGGGGGGUGAGGGGAAUUGUCCUCAUGGGAUACUCGGUGCUUAAUAGAUAGGUACCAGCGAGAUAGAAAGUAAUGUACAAAAGGAAACAAACAGAGAGAAAAAAAAAAAAUAUGAAAUAUAUAUAUAUAUAUAUAGUCACAGAAACGGUCACGGCUCGGAACCCCUUUGGUAACAGAUAUGUGUGAGAGAAGUUCGCCUCAAGUAGUAACCAAAGCGUAGGCUCCCUGUGGGGCUUGUUGCGGGACAAAUGGAGUGCUUCUUGCAGGGUCCCACGUGUGUGCCUGUGUGGUUGCCCCUCGAGGCCCAAUACUCUGCAGAGCGUCCUUUGGGAGGCCUAGGGUGUCCAGGAGCACAGAUGCCUCCUGUAUGUCAUGGACCGAGUAGAAGGAUUCUCUGUGUUGCACUUGGAGCGUACGGGACAUCCGCCACCUGUAUUGGAUGUUGUUGCUCCGUAGGAGAGUGGUAAACCCCUGCAGGGAUCUUCUCCACUGCAGAGUGCUCCCAGAGAGGUCGGUGUAAAAGGUUAAGGACAUGUCUUCAAAUACAUAUGGGGACUGUCCCUUGAGUGCUUCUUGUACUGUCGCCUUGUCACUGCUUCUUUGGAAUUUCACCACUGUAUCUCUGGGCGCCUCUUCUGGGGCCCUCCUGGGUUUCGGGAUCCGGAAUACUCCAUCCACUGCAAUUUGCCUGACUUGCUUUGGAGACAGCAAUGCUCCCAGCAGCCUUCUUAUGAGGUGUUGUAACUCUGCUGUUGGUACCUCCUCCGGGAUACCUCUUAUUUUAAGGUUAGCGCGGCGCCUUGUGUCUUCCACGGUCGCCAGUUUCUGUUCAACCCCAGCUUGUUGCUUUUUCAGCGCUUGUACCUCUUGUUCCAGAGAGCAUAUUCUCUGAUCAUGGUCCUUUGUGGAGGCCUCCAUCACUCCCAGUCGGCCUACCAGGCCCUUGAGGUCCUGACACAGUGCGGCCACGUCUGCCUGGAGAGUUGUCUGAAGCCCCGCCAGGAGCUCUUGCAGGGUCUCCUUUGUGACAGAUUGGCAGGGUAGGUUUCGGGUGUGUGUGUGAGAGGGUUUCUGUGAUGGUAUGUCUGCCGCUCCGGUGUAUUGCGACAUCUCUUCGGAGGAGUCGGAGUAUUCAUACAGCUCCGCGGCCAUUUUGGGCCCAAGUGCGCCAUGCGCCUGCCUGAAGAGCUCGCCUAUAUUCAUUCCCUGUUUGGGUUUGUCUGACUUCUGCUUCUUAGAAUUACGACCCAUGGUAGCUCUGGUCGUUCUGGAGCGUUGGGCUUCUUGUUUUUUGGGGUUUUAUUCCCAGGAUUUCGCCUAUUAACGCUGUUUAGCCUGGAGCUCUGAGAGUGUGUGUCUGAUCGCUUCGGCUGCUCGGCUCCGCCCCCUCCAUUUCCUCUUUCAAGCUGCGAUAACAAACACAGUCAGUAAACAUAACAUAACAUAACAAAAACAGCCAGUCUCUGACAGAGAUAACGACUCUCAUAGACGCAUGAUUCGCCGGCCUGAAAUAAAACUGUCGAAAAGUGUCUUCUCAAGACCAGUCUGCUGAACGUGGAAUAUCAGAAAGGGAGGCACCUGCUACCAGGGCUCCUGAUGCCGCCGCGCCCCUUACCGAAUGAGUACCAAAUGAUGAUUCCACGCCAGCCAUUCAGUGAAAAUUAUAUUGAACACCACCAAGUCUACAGGUCCCCGCCCUAGGCAGUAAUGAAAACAUACAGGCAUAAAUAACCAUAAGAAAUAAUUGACCAAAAAUACUCAACAUACGAGAUAAUAAAUACAAACAAGGGUCGGGAACAAAAGGGUGGGAAAUAUUCGCCUCCUGUCAUUAAUAAAAUUAAGAUUAUAGGUACACUAAAGCUAGCAUAAUCUACAAUUUUAUAACAUGACAGGAGACUUCAUAUUUGCUGUUUCAACGCUCAGCCAGUAAGGCAAAAGAUGCAUGAUUCGCCGGCCUGAAAUAAAACUGUUGAAAAGUGUCUUCUCAAGACCAGUCUGCUGAACGUGGAAUAUCAGAAAGGGAGGCACCCGCUACCAAGGCUCCUGAUGCCGCCGCGCCCCUUACUGAAUGAGUACCAAAUGAUGAUUCCACGCCGGCCAACGACAAUAGCCAUCUGAUCCAACGAGCCAAAGUAAUGGUAGACACCGGUUUAUGUGGACGUACAUAAGAUAUCAACAGUUGUCCCUAUUGGGAACCUCGAAGUGGGGUAGUAACCGUCACAUAGCGAGACAGAGUAGAAACCACACAGAGCUUAGGAGCUUCUCGAAAAUAUUAAUAGAAAAUAACAGUUGAGUCGGACUUGGUACGUCUCCACACUGAAAAGGUCACCCCCUCUGGGGAAAAGGUGAAUGCGUUAACAUCAAAAGCCCGGACGUCAAAGACCUGACGAAAAGAUACAAGGCACAAAAGAAGUAAAAACUUGGCCGACAACUGUCGUAGGGAAAGCUCCUGAUUCUUCGGCCACUCCUGAAUGAAAUCCAAAACCCGGUGUACAUCCCAGAGGGGUGCAUAUUUAGGUGCUGGCGGACGUGACAGUCUGAUGCCUCUCAAGAGUCUACAGACCAAGGCAUCUUGUCAGAUGGGCAUCCCUUGAAGGGGAACGUGAGCCGAGAUGGCCGAUCUGGCAACAUUAACUGAACGAUACGACCUCCUUUGAUCGAAGAGGUGAGAAAGGAAAUUCAGGACGCGGGAUACAGGCGGUGUAAAGGGAUUGAUGCUCCGUUCCAUGCAGCAACGACACCAUAUGUUCCAGGCGGACAGAUAACAUCUCCUCAUUCCUGGGGCCAAGGAGUCCCAGAGGAGGCUUCUAGCUGAUCCCGAUAGUUCAUUGACAUUCCAGGUACCCCGGAAAGAGUCCAAGCCACCAAUUGGAGGUGGCCUUCCAAUACGAGGGGGUGAUGGUUGCCUCAUGAAUCCGAAAGGAGUAUUCGCGGGGAUGGAAGGAUAAGCGGGUACUGACAUGACAGCUCCAGUAAUUCCGGGAACCAAACCUGGCCUUGCCAAAGAGGUGUCAUCAACACCAACGAUACCUGUUGACGCCGUAAUUGGAAUAGGACCCUGGUGGUCAUAGUGAAUGGUGGAAACGCAUAGGCUCCCUUUGACGGCCAGUCCUGAAGGAAGGCAUCCACUGCUGCGCACGUCGGAUCCGGGAGCCAGCUGAAGUAAUUCAAAACCUGGAAGUUCGUUCUGGAAGAGAACAGAUCCACCGUGAAUGGGCGCCUCUGUCGCGCCAUUUCGAGGAAGAUCGUCGAUGUAGCCGCCAAUAGUAGGCAUCCCUCCAGUGUCUGGAGAACCAGUCUGCCGUCAGGUUCGACACACCUGGAAGAUACUCUGCCUGGAGACUGAUAUUGCGCUGAAGGCAAAAGUUGUAAAUCUCCUUCGUCACUGCCCGUGUGCGGGCCCCUCCCAGGCGGUUAAUAUACUGUACCGCUGAUAUAUUGUCCAUUCUCAGCAGGAUGCAGCUAUCCGACAGAUGACCCGCAAGGCUUUGUAUUGCGAAUUAACCCGCAAUCAUUUCUAGGCAGUUAAUGUGAUAUCCUGCUUCCGUGCUUGACCAGGGGCCUCCCGUGGAGGCGGUUGUACAGGUCGCUCCCCAGCCCCAUAGGCUCGUAUCCGAUUCUUGGACAAAGUCCAGAGUUGGGCUGAAAAUCGCCUUGUUGUUCCAAGCUGACAUGUGUAACAGCCACCAGCGAAGUUCGGUUUUGACUUCCUGCGUGAUGGGAACCAGGUGGUCGUAUGAGGGUUUCCUGCGUAAGAAGCGUGCUUUCAGGCGCUGCAUGGCCCUGUAGUGAUGGGGAACUGGGUAGAUGGCUUGGAUCGAUGCGGACAAGAGGCCCACCACUCGUGCCAGGACCUUGAGUGGAAUAAUUUCUUGGCACAGGAUCCGUCGGAUCUCUUUUCGAAUGGCCGUGAUCUUGGCCUGAGGGAGGCAUAGGAUGCACUGAGUCGCAUCUAUUUCGAAUCACAGGAAUUGGACUACCUGCGUUGGUGUAAGGGCCAACUUCUCUCGGUUAACCACAAACCCCAGGGAUUCGAACAAGGAGACCGUGUAAAGCGUCUGAGAUUUCAGUCUGGAGGCGUCCUCACAGAAUAGAAGCAAAUUGUCCAGAUAUAUCAGGCAUCGAAUGCCCCUGGAGCGCAGGCAUACCAUUACCGGUUUUAACAGUUUGGUGAAACACCAUGUUGCCAAGCUGAGGCCGAAGGGUAGGCAGGUGAAUUGGCAAGGCCUCCCUUUCCAAACGAAGCGUAGAAAGUAUCGGCAUCCGGAUUCCACUGGAACGGAUAGAUAUGCAUCCUUCAGGCCUAGGCGAGUGAACAAAUCCCCUGAGCGCAGUAAGUCUCUUAGAAGAUGGAUGCCCUCCAUCUUGAAGUGUUGAUAGGAGAUGAAAGCGUUCAGGUUCCUCAGGUUUAUAACUGGACGGAAAUCUCCCGUCUUCUUCUUGACUAGGAAAAUGGUGCUGAAGAAACCUCCUUCGUCCGGCGCCCACUGAACUGCCCCUUUGUCGAAAAGGGCCUGUAUUUCGACACCAGGACUUGUAGUUCUCUUGGCGAUACCGGAAUCCGGGGGGGGGUACCUCCUGGACUGGGGGCGAAUGGAAAUCUAUGACGUAAUUUCGGACUGUCUGGAGUAUCCAUGCGUCCGAAGAAAUGUCCCGCCACCUGUCGAGACAGUAACGUAACCUGCCGGCAUGCAAAAGACUGGGAAGAACAUGCGGUGUAAUUUGUCUCACCUGUAGGCAUUCUGCCUCUUCCAUGCGUCCGGCUUCCUCUGCCACGGUCCGACCUCUGGGAGGUGAAGGACCCAGAGCGGUAGCUGAGAAAGAAGGUCGGUGUCCGGGAUCCUCGGUGGCUCUUUGGUCAGAAGCAACUGGAGGCAUGACCCCGCUGCCUUCCAGCCCUGCCAAAAACAUGAGGGGUGUGAGAGCGGAACACCCUCCUCAUUGAUGAUUGGGCCUUGUUCAGAGUAGCAUAGAGGUUGACGUGUCUAUGGAGCUCCUUGUUAAAGGAUUCUCCGAAUAGUAGCCCUUUGGCCAACGGUCCCAGCUCUUUGGACCCCAACUAUGAUAAUUUAGCGUCAAUGCGCAUAAGGUCCGCCUUUCUCCGCUCCGUUCAUAGCACCACGUUGGAGUUGCCCAGCAGGCAAAUGGAGCGUAACGCCCAAUCUCUUAUGGCUGCUGGGUCCAGGGGUGAGCCCUGAGUAACAGCUUCGUCCGCCAUCGUAAGAAUUCGGGCCAGCAGCCCCAACAUAUCAAGCACCUUAUCUUGUGCUAAGCGAAGGCUACGUUCAAUCCCUUUCUUGGGAUCGUGAUCCGUGCAGGUCAGAUAGGUGGAGACCAUCCGGUCGAAUUCAGGUGUCACAGCGACCUUGUCAGGUAGGAUGGGCCUGGGGCACUCUGCCCUCAGUCUCUUCCGGACCGCUCAAUCUAGGGGUCUGCGAACCCAAUAGUGGACAAACUGUGCCAGAUGUUCGGGCAGGGACCACUCAGGAGACCUGGGGUGCUGUAUGGUGCGUGGGUCGAAUAGGGGUUCGACCGUCGAAUCCACAAACACGUCCUCCCCUAAGGAGGAGUGCAGGUGCUACGAAGCGGUCUCACCGGAUUCUGGUUGGUACGAAAAUUCCUCUGAGUCUUGCUUACCCCACCCGCCUUUGUCCUCCGAGGGGGAUUGAUCCGCCCGCCAUUCAUCCAGGAUGGACAUGGGCGGGGGGAGAAAGAAUUCUUCUUCCUCUUCGGGGAAGUAACUUGGUGGCGCUGGAGAUGAAGCGGUCGUCCGCUUAGGUCGCUUUGCAGGAGCCUUACCCUUCCAGGUACCUGGCUCAGGGCCUUCACCCUUCCAGUAGCGCUUAGGUGAGCGUAUCUGGUCUCCGUCCGGUGAGUUGGGGCCAGACUCUAUCGGCGUGUGUUGCAUCUCCGCCAUGUCCCUAUCUUGGGACGUUAAGGGUAGUUCCCUCAAGAGUGCUUUCUCUACAGAGACGGCGACAGUGCCCUAUUGAUAGCCAGCACGGGCAAGUGCCGGCUAUCAAUAGGGCACUGUCAGGGCAGGCCAGUCAGGGGGCACAGACAGAGCAGGCCGGUAUAGUUGGCACAGAGAGAGCAGGCCAGUCAUAGGGCACAGACAAAGCAGGCCAGUCAAAGGGGCACAGACAUAGCAGGCCAGUCAAUGUGGCACAGACAGAGCAGGCCAAGUCACUUAUAGGUGUAGUAUAACUAGCAUAAGGGUCACUGUAGUGUUAAGAAUCAGCUGUAGGCUUCUGGUACAGAAUAUGUAGCCUGUAGAGGUGAUGCUCCCAGGAGGGCAAGUGUAUAGUGCUUGGCCCUAUUGGGGCAGAGGGUCCACUUAAUUGUUUAUUGUAUAAUAUAAACUUUGAAAAUGUAGAGUACAGUUAAAUAAUGUGGCACCCUGAAAAGGGGGCACCCUCCACUGUCCACCAAUGCAAAACAUGUGUAUAAUGAUUCCUCUACAUAAACAGGUGGGGGAGGAGGCGAGCGUCAGUGCUCCCUCCUCCACCCGGCGGAUCGAGCCGGUUGCGGGCGGCGGCCAUGUGUAAAGGCUCCAGUUGGCAGGGCAACCGCAAGCCCAGCACCCCGCGACCGGAGCCAAGGACACACACACAAGGGACCGCUGGAAACAUACUCCGCAGUCCCGGAGCUCGGGGGGAUCGGACGAGGCAGAACAGGCCGGCCUCCUGAAACCCCCGAGCAGCAAACGCACCUGCACAGCAGUGAAAGCGGGUAAGUAAACAGGGAAAGAAACAAUAAGAAUAAUAGGAAAAUAAUAAGAUUAAUAAUACGAAAAAUAAUAGGAAUAAUAAUAAGGGGACAGCUAAGGGGGAAGAAUCCCAGCGAUAGAAAAAACCCAGGGACACAAAAACCUCCCCACAAACCCAGUGCAAGAGAAACAGAGGGUAUAAACUAGGCAUAAAACAACAAGUCCCCAAAUAGUAAAAUAUGCAAACACAAAGAUAUAAAUAAUAUACACAGCUACCAACUAAUAAUAGCAGGAGGCAGUGGUACUCUGACCUGUACUGAUGCGGAGCAGCAAAGAAAGAGGAAAUGGAAUGUUGAGAAGGGAGUUAUAUGGUCUCCUUACUGGUUUUUGAUUGGUUAUUUACUCUCUGUGUUUUUUGCUGCUGUGGAGUUCUAGUAAAGAGAGACUUAAGCAAAUAUGAAGCCUCCUGUCAUGUUAUAAAAUCCACAUUGGGCUGGUGCUAGUGAUGUAGACAUGGGGCAGACAGUGAGCCAGGCACGCAGUCUGCUGGGGCAGAAGAUAGAAGUAUCAGAUGCAUGUGUAGAACAGAUGCCCACCUCCCGUGUACCCCUCCUCUCUAUGGACAUACAAUAUCUUACAUACCUCCCAACUGUCACCACACAUAUUAACCACAUCUCUCUGCUUCCCACAGUCUUCCUCUCGGCGAGCCGGGUUGUGCUGCACAAAUUGCCACACCAGCACCACUACACUAUGGAGACGCAAUGCUGAAGGAGAGCCUGUGUGUAAUGCCUGCGGCCUGUAUAUGAAAUUACACGGGGUAAGGUCAAACCAUGGGGUGUAUAAUGUAAUAUCACCUAAGCAUUCAAAAGUAGAACAAUUUACAAAACAAAAAUAUACGAUUAUUUUAGGGGCUGGAGACCAUUUUAAUCCCCUGUUUUGUGUUUUAAUUGCUUAAAAUAUGUUUUAAAAUUGUUUGAUUGUGAAUGCUCUGUGGUAAGUAUGUUUUCCUCUUAAUGGUAGCCAUAAAGCUAACCUGAGCAGAUACAUCAAUAUUACAUGAUCUGCUUGUUACUACCUGCUAAACACCGUGCCCAGUAUGACAGAUUUACAAACUGUGUGAGCUUCAUCCGGCCAGAGGUUUUAAUUAACACAUUCAUAUAUGGUGUCCUUGCACUCAGGAUAGAAAAGGCAUCAUGGUGGUUAAAAAGUAUCACUUACUUUAUUAACAUCCAAUACAAAAAAAAAUCAAAAAACACAAAAUAGGGUCAGACAGUAAAAUUAAACAUAUUACCUGAGAAGGGGUUCAUUUUAUUUUAGGAGGGGAAGAAUUAGAGAAAGUAAUGUUUUGGGGUUUCUUGUUUCUGGGAGAACAUGGGAUACUCGAACUGCUGAGUAAGCACCAAUGUAACGUAACCUCACCGGCCUGUGCCUGUCCUGCAUGUGUCCCGUCCCCGGGUCAUAAAUUAUGCUUAUUUUCUUUUUCAUUUCUGGCACUAUUUUGUUUUUUGUGAUUUUAUUUGAUUUGGAUGUUAAUAAAGAUGAUUUUUUUAACUACAGUGGUGCUAUUUCCAUUUUAAGUGCAAGGACACAGUAUGUGAUUUUUUUUAUAAUCUUGGAAGGGGAUCCAUGGGACAGUGAGUAUUGGAUACAUUUAUUUCAUUAUUCAAAGCAUUGCUGGGGGGUGAUGGGGGCGGGGGACUCUGCAUGUUUGACUCCAUAAUUGAUGCUUCCUUUAAUGUGACUAUGUUCAUCAAUACUGAUUUUAAAAGUAACUAAGCGCCUAUGAAUUCUCUAUAGGUACCUCGUCCUUUGGCCAUGAAGAAAGAAAGUAUUCAAACUCGAAAGAGAAAGCCCAAAAAUGUCAGCAAAGGAAAGACAUCCACAGGUAGUGUAACGCCAUAAUUAUAUGCAGUAAAUAUGUUAUGUCACGGAGCACGCUCUGGUGCUUCAGGCAUAGUUACAUGUUGCUCUGUAAUGCAAAAGCUAUAUGGUGACUGUGUUACAGAGAAGACACAAUCUCUGGUUCAUGAUAAAAUGUUCCAUCCAUUCUAGUUACAAUAAAAACACUCUGCUUUAUAUGUUAUGUGCUUCACUUGUAUCAUCUUCACAGUAUACGAUGAAGAGUUUGUCAUUUACCGUAUAGGAUGAGAAGAGAUGUACGCACUAUUAAUAUCAACAAUUUUUUCCCAGGGUCUUCGACUUCAGCCACCAACUCCCCAUCCUCCAUAUCUAACACAGAUGGCACACCUGUACUAAAAACAGAGCCAGGGCUGAACCCCCAAUUUCCAGGGCAGGUUAUGGGGUCCAUGUCCCAGGUAGGUGCUUAUUUAAUUUGAUUGGAAACAAUCAAAGCCCCCACUUUGUUCUACUAUAGUUAACAAAUAUUUUCACAAUUGGUUGCUCUAAAUCACUUGUGUGCCCAACCCAUUGUGACACUACCCAUAAAGCAAGUGCUCAUGGUGCGUGGAGUCUGUUUAAAGUGAACACUGCACAAACCAAAAUCUGACACUUCUGCUGCCCUAACUCCACCUCCACCUGUACUAUUGUGCAUUAUGAGACAACUCAGAACAAGAGUUCCGGGCUGGCUAAUGUCAAUUCUGUACAAAAUACACAUCUGGUGCUAGACAUCCAAUGGCAGAACCUCCAUCCGUGCCUUUUCUGUCGUUUCCUCAGCCCAUCCUCUGUGAUCUCCCUUAAGCAAGGUGGGAUGACAUCAGCUUAGGGGGGAUAGGGCUUCAGGGAAAACUUGACCUUGAUACUGGAACAGAGCUAAGUUUUAGCAUGUAUUUAUUUUUAAAGGGAGUGGUGCAGACCACCUCAGAGGGAGUUAUUCUAACCAAAACCAGUGUUUUAUGGAAUCCUUUAAAAAGUGCAAAACAUUUAGAAAGACACCAGACUGAACCAUAGCAGAAAACCUUUGCUUUCUGUUAUAACGUACUGCUACAUUUCAGGUUUCAUUAUUAUAAUUUAUAUAGCACCAACAUGUUCUGUAGCGCUUUACAAUUAUAGAAUGGGGAUUACAGCAAGCAACAGAAGUACAGAAUAUUAAGAGAGAGAAGAGGUGAAAAAGCUCUAACAAGCUUGCAAUCUAUGAGGAAGGGGUAAAGACACACAAGAGAAAUAACAGCAUGUCAGGAUGUGUUUUAAUUGACUUCUUAAAGGGCUGGAUGCUACAGGAGAUCCUGAUAGCAUGCAAGGUUGGAUCCAGAACCAAAUCUCUGGAGGGGCAUUGGUAGAUUAUUUAACUGAACAUUCCAGGCACAGUAACUACUACAACCUUUGUAGUGGGUAUGGUGCUAGGAGUGCCAUGACGCCCUCCCAGAAUAAGUAGUCAAACCGUUCAACAGUUUUACAACUUACCUCGCAUCUGCCGAGAUAGGGGCUGUAGUGUGGGUUAGAGGCUGUUAGUGGGGGGGUUAGAAACUGUAGUGGGGGUUAGAGGAUGUAAUAUGGGGAGAAGUGAGUGUUGGGGGCAGUAGUGCAGGUUAAAGAGCAUAAAGGUUGUAGUAGGGGUUAGGAGCUGAGGUGGGGGUUAGGAGAUGUAGUGUAGGGAUGAGGGGCUAAAGAGCUAUGGUGGGGAGUAUGGGCAUGUUUUGGGGUAUAAGGGCAGUAGUAGGAGGUUAGGAACUGUAGUAGGGGUUAGGGGCAAUAGUGGGGGGUAUGAGCUGUAUUUGCGGGUUAGAAGCCGUAGUGGUGGGGUAGGGGCAGUAGUGAGGAGUUAGGAGCUGUAGAUGGGGUUUUGGUUAGUAGUGAGGAAUAGGGGCUGUUAUGAGGGGUUAAGAGCUGUAGUCACGGUGUUAAGGGAUGUGUCUGGGGGUAGGAGAAGUGUAAGGGGGUUAUAUACCCUAAAUGGUACAGGGAGCCAAUGUAAUGAUUGGCAAAAGGAUAAGGGGGUAGGAGUAGUGGUCAGUCAGGAAGAUGAGCCUGGCGGCAGCAUUCAUUACAGAGUGAAGAGGGGCGAUGUGGGUAUUUAGAAGACUGAUGAGUAGUGAGUUGUACUAGUCAAGUCAGAAAAUGAUUAAUUCAUGGAGCCUUAGCUGUAUCUUGAAUUAGAAAAGGGCGAAAGCAGCAAUAUCUUGGAUAAGAUGGAUAUUUUGGGAUUUAGAGACACACUGAAUGUAAGGGGAAAAGGUAAGACCUGAGUCAAAGGUAACUCCAAGGCAGCGAGCGAAAUGAGAUGGGAUAAUAAGUGGUCCAUUGAUUUACAGAGAGACUAUUUGAGGAAGGAAAGAUGAGGAGUUUUAGAUAGUGGGAAGAUAUCCAGCUAGAGAUGGGAGAGAGUCAGUUUGUGACGUGUUCCAGGAGAGUAGGAGUGAAGCCAAAGGCGGAGAGGUAAAUCUCAGUAUUGUCAGCAUAUAGAUGGUAAUGAAAUCCAAGUUAAGUGAGUUUGCUCACUGUUAUGAUGCCUUGACAACCAAUUUACAAGAUUCAAACUAAAAAAAACCCACUUAAAAUCAUGCUCAAUCCGAUGUUAGUUUUCGUGUUCGUAUUAGUUUUAAUUCUAAUUGUGGGGACUCAGAGAUAGAGGGUCACAUGUGAAAUUAUGAAAAAGUUGGAUAAAACUUGUUACUCUUGAAUCUUACUAUUAUUCUAUUACUCGAGAGGUAAAACACACAUACAUGCACAUUGAUAAAGUGUUUUCCCUCCGACUGGUCAAGCUGUGUGUGUGUAUAUACAUAUAGAUUUUAUAUUUUAUUAUUUUCUUUCCCCACGUCCAUUACUCUACCCCUACUUUUCAAAACAAGGAAUUCCACCAACUAAAACUUGAAGGUAUUGCUAGGCCAUACAUUGGAAAAUACUUGUUUAACUCAGAGGAAAUAUCGAUACUUAUUGUUUCUAAUCUCCUUGCAAUUGACUUGAAUUAUUGUUUGACUUCAGACCUGUCUGUCUUGCUUCAUUAUACAUGCGUCUCAUGAUGUAAUUUACUGAAAUUAUUUUCUUUCAAUAAAAAGAAAUUUUAAAAACCCCCACUUAAAAGCCCCUCCUCUGCAUGGAUUUAAUGGGAUAUUGAUUGUCCAUUUCUUGGUUUUCAGAGUCAGAGCCAUGCAGAUGAUCUGGUGAGCGGGUCUCACGAGCUGAAGUUUAUACAUGAUGAAUACUCCUAUAGUCCUGCUGCUCUAAGCCAGCAGUCCGGUCUCAGUGUGCCUCUCCGACAAGACUCGUGGUGUGCACUAGCACUGGCUUAAAUCUCAACUGCCACAAGACACAACUGAGAUCCUGAUGUCUUUCUGCUCCGGUGGGCAGCCACACACAGAGAAGGGACUGCUAAUUGUGUGUACAACUGGUGCUUCAAUGGGGGUUAGGCACUGCUAGUGCCAGGAAAGACUUUUCAUUCUCUGGGGAUGGGAUAGACCUUGGGUUUGUAAAGAUUCUUCAUCUCAGGAAAGAGAAGAGGACUUUACUGCAGCAGUUAUUGUGCACUUCAAGGUGGUGGGACAGGUAAUCAGGAGAGAUGUACGAGGCACUAUGCUCCACUGGGUAACUAUGCUGCAAUGACUCAACUGUAAAGGGAAACUUCCCUCAUAACCAAAGGGCUUUAAAGACUUCACACAAGCUGAAAAAUGUCAGAUUAGAAGUCCGGUCUGUGAUUGUCACAUUCUACCUGGAGCCUUUCAUUCAUACAGAUGGAAAGCGAAUCCCAAAAGAUACUUUCCUGCCUGAAGUUUAAUCCGCACAACAGUUUCCCCAAAGAUUAUUUCCUGUCUUUUUUAAGUGCAAUGUUUCACAUAAUGUAAUACGGCGUGAAAUCACAUGGAGAUUUUAUUCUAACGUUAGAAAUGUUGUUUUGUCUUUCAAUAAAAUUUGUUAAUUGUUUUCCAGAUUUCUG